UUGGAGUGCACCAUUUCUGGAAGCCCAGAGCUGAAAGUAAAGUGGUUCAAAGACGGGAAGGAGAUGAUCAGUGGGCGUAAAUAUAAAAUGAUCCUGAAGGAUAACAUCGCCAGCAUGAAGAUACUGACCGCAGAGAGAGGAGACACUUCAGAGUACAAGAUGGAGGUGUCCAAUAAAGUUGGGAAAGACCAGUGCACGUGCUCAGUCACAGUUUUAGAUCGAAUAAUGCCUCCAACGUUCACCAAGUCCCUGAAGAGAGUCGAUGGAAACAUUGGUAAUGACAUCCUCAUGGACUGCAAGGUGUCUGGGUCCCAGCCCAUGACCAUAUCCUGGUUCAAAGAUGACCAAGAAUUAGAAUCUGGAGUAAAGUUUCAGCCUGAGUUUAAAGACAGCUCUGCUGCGCUGAGGAUCAGCACUCUGGAGAAGACRGACUCUGGAGUUUACAAAUGCAGAGCCUCCAACUCAGCUGGCUUUAAAGAAACCAGCGGGACACUCUACGUUAAAGAGCCCCCGGUGUUCACAGAGAAACCAGACAAACAGGAAGUUAUCCCAGGAGCCAAAGUUUCCUUCAGAGCAGCUUUCACUGGAACGGCUCCUUUGGCCAUCAAGUGGUUCAAAGAGGAGAAAGAGAUUGUAACUGGAGGCAUUUAUUUUAUAAAGAAGGAUGCCUCUUCCAGCUCAUUGGAGCUUCACUCAGUAAAACCCAGUGACUCGUCUAAAUACACCUGCCAGGUGUCCAAUGAUGCCGGGAAGGUGGACUGCACCGCAGUCCUGUUUGUGAAAGAGCCUCCCGUCUUUGUGAGGAAGCUCGAUGCCACCAAACUCAUCACCAGCGGCGACUCCAGCAGGCUGGAGGUCCGAGUGACGGGCAGUCCCGUCAUCACUUUCAAAUGGUUCAAGGAUGAGAUGGAGAUCAUCUCCGGUCCUAAAUACUCCAUCAGCUUGACCGAUGUCGAGGCAGCUCUAGAAAUCUUAAAGUGUUCAGUGGAGGACAGUGGAGAAUAUGUGUGUGUAGCAUCGAGCGAGGCAGGAAGUGAUCGCUGCAGCAGUACCGUUACCGUCAAAGAACCUCCGGUGUUCAUACGUAGCUUGGAGUCCAAAGAUGUGGUAAAGGGUUCUGAGAUGAUCAUGGAGUGCCAGGUUUCUGGUUCUGCUCCUUUCACCGUGUCGUUUUAUAAAAACUCUAAAGUGAUCAGAAAUGACCGAAGACACCGGAUCACUGUGAAUGAGGACCUGUUGGCCCUGCAGGUUCUGGCCGUGGAGCCAGGAGAUGUUGGGCAGUACCAGUGUACUGUUGAGAAUGAAGUGGGCAGAGCAUCCUGUGAUUGUCAAGCAACCCUCAAAGAACCUCCAUCGUUUGUAAAAAAGCUGGAGAACCUCAGUCCUCUGGUUGACAGUGACGUUUCUCUGCAGUGCUCUCUGAAGGGCUCUGAGCCCAUCACUGUCACCUGGCUGAAAGACAACCAUGAGCUGAAAGAGGCUGAAAAUGUUCACAUGUCUUAUGAGAACAGGACAGCUAUGCUGCUGAUCAGCAGCGUUCAGCGUCAGCAUGGAGGCAAAUACUCGUGUCAGGCUCAGAAUCAGGCCGGGCUUCAGACAUGCUCCUCUCUGCUGACGGUCAAAGAACCAGCUAAGAUCACAGAAGAAGCAAAGUCUGUCAGUGUGACUCAGGGGGACCCGGCCACGUUGGAGGCCCGGUUCUCCGGCACAAAACCCCUGAAGGCGAAGUGGCUGAGGGCUGGGAAGGAGCUGAGCUCAGGCCACAGGUUUAAGAUCCAGACCACAGACACUAGCUCUGUGCUCAAGAUCCUCAAAACGGAGAAAAUUGACAGCGGUGAAUUCAUCUUUGAGAUUUCAAACGAUGUUGGUCACAGUUCUUGUGAGGCCACCCUCACCGUUCUGGAUCAAGUAAUUCCUCCAUCCUUCACAAGGAAGCUGAAGCAGACAGAAAGGAUCAAAGGAUCCUUUGCUCAGCUGGAGUGUCUGGUGGCCGGCUCCCUGCCAAUAAGCAUCCAGUGGUUCAAAGAUGAGAAGGAGGUCCAGCCUGAUGAGAAGCAUAAAUGUACAUUCUUUGAGAAUGUUGCCUGUCUGGAGAUCGCUGAUCUUCACAUUAAAGAUGGUGGCAGUUACACCUGCAUGGCUAAGAACAAAGCAGGAAUGGUCCAGUGCUCCGGGGUCCUGUUAGUCAAAGAACCACCUGUCAUUCUUGAAAAACCUGACUCCAUGAAUGUUUUACCGRGCUCCAAGGUCCAGUUUAACGUUCUGGUCUCUGGCACGCCGCCUCUGACCAUCAAAUGGUUCAGGAACAAGAAGGAGAUUUUGUCCAGCGCUGACUGCUCUGUGGUCAAAGACAACACGUCCAGCUCUCUGGAGCUCUUCUUUGCUAAAAGCUCUGAUUCUGGAGAUUAUGUGUGUGAGAUCCAGAACGAUGUGGGCUCCACUUCCUGCCAGGCAGCUCUCUUUGUCAAAGAGCCUCCUAAGUUUACACGGACCCCGGCUCGCGUGUCCGUGGUUCGACCCGGUCAGAACAAAGUGUUUGAGUGUCAGGUGACCGGAACACCUGAGAUAGACACCUACUGGUUCAAGGAAGGCUCAGAGAUCAGUGCCAGUGAUCGCUUCAAGAUGACCUUUGUUAACUCUGUGGCCACUCUGGAAGUCUGUGGAGCCGACAUGAAAGACGGAGGCCUGUACUACUGCGAGGCCCGCAAUGAGGCUGGCAGCGAGAGCUGCAGCAUGGAGCUGAAGGUCAAAGAGCCGCCAGCGUUCAUUAAAGAAGCAUGUGCAGCCGAUGCUGUCAGGGGCUCCACUGCUUGUUUUGAGUGCCAGGUUGCAGGAACCGGUCCAUUUGAGAUUACGUGGCACAAAGAUGGAAAGGAGAUCAAGCCCAGUGCCAAACAUGGCUUCUCCCAGCUGAACGACACUUUGAUUCUGGAGGUGCACAGGUGUGAUGCGCUGGAUGUUGGGGAGUAUCAGUGUUCUGUAGCUAACGAGGUGGGAAGCUGUAGCUGUAAGACCACCCUGAGCCUCAAAGAGCCUCCAUCAUUUACCAAGAGAAUGGAGAACAGUGUUACAGUUCUGGGUCAGACAGCAGAGUUUCAGUGUGAGGUGGUGGGCUCGCCCACUCUGUCCGUACAGUGGCAGAAAGAUGAGAACUGGAUCCUGGAGGAUCCAAAGAUUCAGAGGAUAUUUGAAAACAAUGUGGCGACUCUGAGGAUUCCUGCCUGCGAGGUGUCUCACGGCGGUAAAUACACCUGCCAGGUGAUGAACGAGGCCGGCCAGGACAAGUGCUUUGCUUCUCUCACAGUUCAAGAGCCUCCUCAGAUCUUAGAGAAGCCUGAGGAGAUCAAAGUUACAGUUGGAGAUCCAGUCAGUCUGGACUGUAAGGUGAAAGGCUCACCUGAGCUGAAGGUGAGGUGGCUGAAGGAUGGCAGGGAGCUGCAGUCCAUCAGGCAGCACAAGCUGAGCUUUGAGAAGCACAUCAGCAGCCUGAAGAUCCAGGCUGCUCAGACAGCAGAUGAAGGAGAGUACGUGUUGGAGGUGUGGAACCACAUCAGCCGCUGCUCCUGUAAAGUCAAAGUGGUGGUCUUAGAACAAGUGAUUGCCCCGAGCUUCAUCAAACCUCUCGUAAACAUGCAGGAGAUUUUGGGCUCCUUUGUUCAGAUCUGUUGUCAAAUAUCUGGCUCCCUGCCCAUCUCUGUUGAGUGGCAGAAAGAUGGCAGGAGAAUCUCCAGUGGUGUCAAACACAAAGUCCUUCAGCAGGACAACUCUGUGUGUUUGGAAAUGGAGCAGCUUGAGCUGAGUGAUGCAGGGUCUUACUCCUGUAAGCUGACGAACGCAGCGGGAAGCUGUGAAUGUAGUGGAACCCUCCUGGUCAAAGAGCCGCCCAGCUUUGUGGUGCUGCCUGAGUGUCAGGUGGCUCUGCCCAGCGCCACGGUCCGCUUCAGAAGCACAUUUAAAGGCACGCCGCCCUUCACUGUCAGAUGGUUCAAGGAGGACACAGAGCUCAUGACUGGGCCCAGCUGUUUCACAGGACUGGAUGAGACGUCCUGCUUCUUAGAGCUCUAUUCAGUUGCUGUAGCUCAGACUGGAGUUUAUUCUUGCCAAGUCAGCAAUGAUGCUGGUUCUGUACGCUGCAGUGCAGAUUUAACGGUCAAAGAACCACCUGAGUUUGUGCUGAAACUCCCUGCCACUAAGUUUGUGAAGCGGGGUGAGUCACUCAGACUGGAGUGUAAAGUCAGUGGUUCUGCCCCMCUGAAGACCACCUGGUACAAACACGACACCAGGGUCUCAGAGGGGGGGUCCUGCAGGACUGGCUUUGUUGACUCGGUGGCAGUCCUGGAGCUGCUGUCCAGCACCUUUGAUGAUGAUGGAGUUUACACUUGUGAAGCUCAGAAUGAUGCUGGCAGUGUGAGCUGCAGCACCACUCUUACUGUGAAAGACCCCCCAUCCUUUGUGAAAGUACCCCAGCCCAUCGAGGGGCUGAGGGGUAAGGAUGUUAGCUUGUACUGCGAGAUGAGUGGCUCGGCUCCAUUCCAGGUCACCUGGUUCAAAGACAGGAAACCUCUGAUGGAGAGCAGGAAGUUUAAGAUGGUGAGCGAAGGCAGCUCAGCGACGCUGCAUGUCAUUGGGAUAGAGGCUUCAGACACCGGAGAAUAUGAGUGCAAAGUGUCGAACAGUGUAGGAAGUGAGAGCUGCAACACGUCCGUUAAACUCAGAGAGCCGCCGUCGUUUGUGAAGAAACUGUCAAACAUGACAGUGAUACUGGGAGAGGAGGUGACCCUUAUGGCCACUGUUACAGGCUCUGAACCCAUUACUGUGUCCUGGGUUCAGGACAAGGAUCACAUUCUCAGGGACAGUGACAACAGGAAAAUCACCUUUGAAAACAACCAGGUCGCUCUAAAAGUGUUUAAAACUGAUGCAACCACAGCAGGGAAAUACACAUGCCAGCUCAGAAACGAUGCUGGGACUGUGGAGUGUUUCGCUAACUUGACUGUUCUAGAACCUGCUAAGAUCAUUGACAAACCCGACGCUCUGAGCGUGACGGCGGGAGAYAUUGCUGCCCUGGAGGUCAAGGUGUGUGGGACCCCGGAGCUUGUCCCCAAGUGGUUCAAAGAUGGCGUGGAACUGGCGUCUGGGAGGAAAUACAAGAUCUCCUUCUCUCGAAUGAUCUCCAGCCUGAACGUGGUCAAUGCUGAGAAACUGGACUCAGGAGAAUACACGUUCGAGGUCAUGAACCAAGUCGGGAAGGACCUGAGUAAAAUUAACCUGACUGUUUUAGAUAAGAUCGUUCCUCCAAGCUUCACCAGGAAGCUGAAGGACUGUGGGAUGGUUGUGGGAGAAGCUGCAGAGAUGGAGUGUAAAGUCUCAGGCUCCCCACCUUUUACCAUUUCCUGGUACCACGAUGGCGAGGAGAUCCAGAGUGGGCCGAACCACGAGGUUUCAUUCAGCGACAACAGCUGCACACUCAGAGUUCCCAACCUGAAGCUGCCGGACUCUGGAGUUUAUAAAUGUAAAGCUGUCAACAAGGCAGGAUCCUGUGAGACUUCAGCCACGUUGGCUGUCAAAGAACCUCCAUCCUUCGUGGUUCCGCUGCAGCCAAUAGAGGCCAUGCCCGGCUCCAACGUGACAUUCUCAGCCAUGGUGAAGGGCAGCACACCUCUCAAACUGAAGUGGUUCAGAGGAACCAAGGAGAUGCUGCCAGGGAAGGACUGCACCUUCUCUCUAAAGGAUAACCAAGUCACCCUGGAGCUUUUCAAUGUAAACAGAUCUCACACUGGAGAGUACACCUGUCAGAUCAUGAAUGACGCCGGGAAGGAAAGCUCUGCUGUCAACCUCUCCGUCAAAGAGCCGGCAGCCUUCUCUAAGAAGCUGAAGGACGUUUCGGUGGAAAAGGGCAAACCUUUGACUCUGGAGUGUUCCUACACUGGAACUCCAAAGAUCACAGUGAGCUGGUUGAAAGAUGGUCAGCAGAUCUUUGCUUCGUACAAAUACAACAUCACCACAACAGAACGCUCCUGCAUCCUGGAGUGUCUCAGUACCGACGACAAGGAGGCUGCAGGGCUCUACUGCUGCCAAGUGUCCAACGAUGCUGGAAAAGACACGAGUGAAGCCGUUGUGUCCAUCCUGGAGCCGCCAUACUUUGUGGAAUCUUUGGAGCCCAUGGAGGUUACGGCAGGUGAUGCUGUGUGUCUGAAGUGUCAUAUGGCAGGCACACCUGAGAUCAAGGUGUCCUGGUUCAAGGCCGAUGGUAAAGUCCGUUCCAGUCCUACUUGCAAGCUGGAGUACUCAAAGGGCGUGGCCUGUUUGAAGCUCAGCAAAGCCACCAAAGCUGACAUUGGGGAGUACACCUGCAAGGCAGAGAACAAGAUUGGCUCUGCCUCCUCCACCUGCAGACUGAACGUGCUGGAGGCCAAAACACCGCCAUCCUUCCCCAAGAAGAUCACAAGUCUUCAGGAGACUGAGGGCCAGCCGGUCCGGUUCGAGUGCCGUGUUGCUGGUUCAUCGCCCAUCGAGGUGUCGUGGCUGAAAGACGGCGAGCCUCUGACUGAAGGAGACAAGUUCUCCAUGCUGUACGACGACAACACUGCUGUGCUGCAGAUCAGCCGUGGAGAGAUGAGACAUUCUGGAGAAUACACCUGCGUGGCCUCCAACAGUGUGGGYUCAGCCUCCUGCAGAGCCAAACUCACCAUGCAAGAACCCAGAUACGCUCCUGUCUUUGACAGGAAGAUGUCUCCUCUGGAGGUGACCGUGGGUGACAACAUUGAACUGGAGUGUCACAUGACUGGCUCCGCCCCUAUGAAAGUCACAUGGUCCAAAGACCAUAAAGACAUUCGCUCUGGUGGAAAUUAUAAGCUCAGCUGUGAAGACAAUACUCCCCACCUGACUAUUCUGAAGGCAGAUAAAGCUGACACAGGGAAGUAUUUCUGCCAUGUCUCUAAUGACAUGGGGAAGGACUCGUGUUCGGCUGAUAUCACCGUUAAAGAACGCAAAAAUCCUCCAAUGUUCACCAAGAAACCCUCAGACAACAUCGAGGACAUGGAGGGCAAGCUGGUGAAAAUCGAGGGCCGGGUCACCGGAUCCCAGCCCAUGUCGGUCAGCUGGUUCAAAGACGACAAGGAGAUCCUGACUUCAGACAAAUAUGACAUCAGCUUUAAGAGCAACGUGGCGGUUCUGUGCAUUAAGAGCAGCCUGGUGUCAGACAGUGGCAGGUACUCCUGCCACGCCUCCAACGAAGCCGGAAGAACUUCUUGUGAUGUCACUGUGGGAAUCAUCGAAUCCAAGAAGCCUCCAGUGUUCGAUGUCCCGCUCAAAGCGGUGAGCGUAGACGAAGGUGACAAGCUGUGCCUCAGGUGUCACGUCUGUGGAUCUCCUCCUCUGAAGGUCCAGUGGAUGAAGGACAGGAGGGAGCUGACAUCAGCUGGCAGCAUCAGGAUCAGCUUCUCUGAGGGGACGGCCUGCGUGGACAUCAGCUCCGCCUCCAAACACGAUGCUGGUGAUUACCUCUGCAAGGCUACCAACGACGCUGGCAGCGAGUUCUGCAAGGCCAAAGUUACAGUCAAAGAGAAACCAGGAGCAGCUCCACCUCCUGCUGAAGCUCCAGCAGCAGCUCCCACUAAAAAACUGGAGAACCUGUUUUUCAUUGAGGAGCCGAAAGCUGCACAUGUCACAGAGAAGGGGACUGCCACCUUCAUCGCCAAGGUGGGCGGGGACCCCAUCCCCAGCGUGAAGUGGAUGAAGGGAAAAUGGCGACAGCUGACGCACGGCGGCCGCAUUUCCAUUCAGCAGAAGGGUCGGGAGGCCAAGCUCGAGAUCAAAGAGGUGACCAAGUCGGACUCGGGUCAGUACCGAUGCGUGGCCUCCAACAAGCAUGGCGAGAUCGAGUGCAGCGCCGACAUGCACGUGGGCGACAAGAAAGUAGCGCCGCAACUGGAAGGAGACCUGCGAGCUAAACUGAAGAAGACACCAUCAAAGCAGAAGAGUCCACAGGAGGAGAAGGACAUCGACAUCGUUGAGCUGCUGAGAAAUGUAGACCCCAAAGAGUACGAGAAGUAUGCCCGAAUGUACGGCAUCACAGACUACAGAGGCCUGCUGCAGGCCAUCGAGCAGCUCAAGAGAGAAAAGGCUGAGGAAAGUGGAAGACCGGAAGUGGAACGUGGAGACAGAGAGUCUGAUGAGGAUAUGGCUCGACUGGUAGCUGACCUGCAGAAGAGGAUGGAGAGGACGGAGCCUGUCACUGUAGUGAAGGACAUCUCCAACCAGUCUGUCUUCACUAACGAGGACGCAGUGUUUGAGUGCGAGAUCAAGAUCAACUACCCAGAGAUCACGCUGUCCUGGUACAAGGGCACGCAGAAACUAGACACCGGGGACAAAUACGACAUCAGCAUCAGUGGGGACCGUCACCUGCUCAGAAUCAAGAAGUGCCAGCUGUCGGACCAGGGCAACUACCGGGUGGUGUGUGGACCCCACAUCUCCAGCACCAAGCUCACCRUCAUGGAAGUGGAGGUGGAGAAGCACCUGGAGGACACCUCGGGUAAGGAAGGCCAGYCCUGCACGCUGUCUUGUCAGUUGUCCGUCCCAAACGUUCAGGCUCAGUGGUUUAAAAACGGCCUGCAGUUAGAGAUGAAGGGCAGGUACUCAUCUGAGGUCAAACACAAGGUUCAGAAGCUUCUGAUCCGAGACCUGAAGCCUGAAGACCAGGGCAGAUACUCCUGCAGGUACCGACACCUGGAGUCCUCGGCGGAUCUCAGGGUGGAAGCCGAACAAAUUCAUUUCACCAAACGCAUCCACAACAUCGAAGUCCAUGAACGGCAGUCGGCCACCUUCGAGUGCGAAGUGUCCUUCGACAACGCGAUUGUUUCGUGGUACAAAGACACCUGGGAACUGAAAGAAAGCCCUAAGUACAACUUCACAAGUGAGGGCCGAAGACAUUUCAUGGUCAUCCGAAAUGUGACCAUCGAAGACGAAGGCGUGUACUCAGUCAUUGUGAGGUUGGAGCCCAGAGGAGAGGCUAAGAGCACAGCUGAGCUUUAUUUAUCUGCCAAAGAAAUCGAAUUAGCCAUGGUGCCAACAGAUUUCCCGGACUCCUCGGUUCAGAGGCCAGAGGUGCCCUCAUUAAUGGAGAUCCAAGAAUCCACUGAAUUCCAUCAGUUUGAAGAAAAGAUGGAACAGAGAGAAUCGUCUGAAUAUUCCUUUCAAUAUGAAGAGGAAGUGCAGCAGAAAGUGGAGGUUCAGAGCUGGACUGAGGAGACCAGAACCCAGCAGGUUUUACAGAUCGAAGCUGCCAGAGUUGAAGUGGAGGAGACACUGGAGACCAGGAAAGUAGAACUGAGGGAGGAAAUCCCAGCUAAAGUUGAGAAGAAGCCUGAAGAGAAGCCGACACGUCAGAGAGAACUGGAGGUCAGGGAGCCAGUGGAGGAAAAGGUACCUGUAGUUUCAGUCCCAGAGAAGAAGGAAGCUCCAGCUGCCAAAGAACCAGAAGAGAUGAGGAAGCCAUUUGUUGCUCCUGCUCCACCGGCUGAGAAACCAGAGCUGCCAAUUAAAGAUGAGUCCAAACCUCAGGUUCCUGCAGAACCCAAAAAGAUGGAGAGAGCAGAACCAGAACCAAAGCCUAAACCUAUUCCAGCUCCAAAGGUUGAACCAGAACUGAAACCUGCUCCAGCUCCAAAGGCAGAACCAGAACCUGCUCCAGCUCCAAAGGCCAAACCAGAACCAAAGACGAAACCUGCUCCAGCUCCAAAGGCAGAACCAGAACCAAAGACGAAACCUGCUCCAGCUCCAAAAGCAGAACCAGAACCAAAGAUAAAACCUGCUCCAGCUCCAAAGGCGAAACCAGAACCAAAGACGAAACCUGCUCCAGCUCCAAAGGCAGAACCAGAACCAAAGACGAAACCUGCUCCAGCUCCAAAAGCAGAACCAGAACCGACCCCGGUGGAACCUCCAUCCAAAGCCCCCAAAGAGGCUCCAAAGACUAAACCAGAACCGGCCCCAGUACCAGUACUAAAGGAACCUGAGAGAAAAGAAGAACCACAGAAGAAGGAGGUGGCUCCUCCUCCACCUCCUCCUGUUCCACAUAAGUUCCAGAAAGUUCCAGAAGAACCACAGAAGAAGAAGGAGGUGGCUCCUCCUCCACCUCCUCCUGUUCCACAGAAAGUCCAGAAAGUUCCAGAAGAACCACAAAAGAAACCAGUUAAAGCUCCUGUGGAAGACAAAGUCCCAGAGCCUCCAAAACCAGUCAGGAAACCUGGAGCAGGAGUGGUUCCUCCCAAAGAAGAGCCAACACAGAAAGAAAAAGCUCUGAAGCCCAAACCUCAGAAGAUCUCUGAGGAGCUGGUCGUGUUGGAGGUCAAACCAGAACCAGAACCUGACAGGAAAACUCCAGGAAGACCUGAGGUGAAGGAAAAACCUCCUGAGAAGAUCCCAGACAAGACACCUGAGAAGAAACCAGGAAAGAUCCCAGAUAAAGCUCCAGAGAAACUAGAGGAGAUGGUUCUUCCUCAGAAGAAACUGGAUAAAGUUCCUCAGGAGGCCAAGGAGAAGAAGAAACUACCUGAAAAGGUCCGAGAGAAGCCUGAAGAAGGAAAACCAGAGAAGGUGCUGAAGAAAAUCUCUGAAACAGUUCCUGUUCCAACACCCGAGAAGGUCAAAGCUAAACCAGUGUCAGAAGAACCUGGUCCUACAGAAGCUGAAGUGAAGAAGGUUGAGAAGAUCCGUCCCAAAGAUCAGGAGAUCUCUGCUCCUGAAGAAGAAACACGUCAAAGGCAAGAAGCUCAGAGGAAACAGGAAGUUGAUUCUGUUCCACAGGAAGUUCCUCUCACCGAGGAAGAGGACGUGAUGGAUGAAGAUGUCUUGGCUGUAACAGAAAAUGAGGACCGACGGUCGGACCUGAGAGGACAGAUCUCUGUUACUGACUCUUCAACCAGGAAACACAAAAUCCUUCCAAAAACUAAAGAAAAGUUAGUUGUAGUCCCUGAACCUGAACCUGAACUCUUUACUCUGCAAGAAAAACAUGAAGCAGAAAAAUCUGAAGAGAAUUUAGUUUUAAAGAUGGAGUCAGAGAAAAGUUCAGACGAGACGUUGGUGAAAACCCAGAGAAAGAGUCAGAUUGAAGACGUACAGUUUGUCCCAUCGCAGACAGAGACAAAGACAUUUAUCAGAGCAGAGACAAGAAAACAGGCUGAGAUCAGUCAGGAGAAACAAACAGAAGCAAAAAGCACCUCAACAGAACCCAAACUGGUCCAAACCAAACCAGCUCUAAUAGCCGAAGAGCUGAAGGCAUCAGUUAGACCAGAAGAGUCUGUAACAGACAUUGAGUCCAGGAGACCCUUGAAGGUCCAACAGAAGUCGGAACACCUGAGGUCUGCAGAUGAUUCUGCUCCGACAUUCAGGACUGAAGAUCUGAAACCUUCAGACUGGGUGGAACCAGAGGAGAUUUCUGCAGGCAGAGAACCUGAAGAGAAACCUGAGCCCAUCAGAACUCCUGCAGCUGAAACUAAAGCAGACAAACUGAAGAAAGUGCCUGAAAAGGAGAAGGAGUCUCCAGCACAGGUGAAAGAAACAAAACCUGCUGCUCCUAAAGAAGAGAGCAAACCAAAAGCUGCUGUAAAAGUUCCUGAAGCUGCAAAACCAAAAGUCCCYGAAAAACAAGCUACUCCACAAGAAGAAACAAAGCCAGUGAUGAAGCCACAGCCUGCUGCUAAGGCUGAAGAACCAACCAAAGUGGCUCCAGAGGAGAAGAAACCAGCUGUGGUGGAAAAAGUAACUCCAGUUACAGAUGAAACCAAGGGACCGGUCCAGGCACCAGGAGGAGUUCAGAAAGAGCUGGUUCUGCACAAAAAAGGUAAAAUCCGUGUGGAAGAGGAGGGGACAUUUGAGAUUCCCACCUUAAAGAAAACAACUCGGGUCAUGAGGGAAGUGGAAGAAGAGCAGGAGGUUGUCACGCUGAAGAAGAUCCCAUCAGUUCCAUCUAAAGAACCUGAAGAGGAGAAAAAACCUCAGAAAGUCACCCAAGCCACAGUUUUCCAUGUGGAGGAGCUGGUGCACGAAGAGGAGGCUGUCGAGUUGUCUGUGGUCACCAGGACGACGAUGGAGGAGAGGAAGCCUCGAGACAAAGCUGAAGUGGUGAAAAAGCCAGAGGUUGUUAAAGCUAAAGCUGAGGAAGACAAAGAAGCUCCUAAAGCUGCAUGGACUCGCCAGAAACCCACUAAAGAUGAAAAACCAGAAGACAAGAUUUCUCUAAAGAAAACUCCAAAAGCACCAAAAGAAGAGGAAGCCACCCCAUCUGAUGCAGCCCUGAAAAAAGUCAAAAAGUUGCCUUUAGCUGAAGCUGAACCAGAAGUGGUCAAACUAAAACCUUUUGAGAAGCCUCGUAAACCUUCAGAGGAAACAGAGAAGGAGAAGAAGGAGAGGCCCGACAGAGACACUGUGCCUUUCCAGAAGGCAGAGAGGAUCCCCAGAGAGGUGGACUCUAAGGAACCAGCAAAGAAACCCGAGGAGCCACCUCCUGAGAUAAAGGAACCUCCUCCCAAGGUGCCUAAGCCAGCUGACAAGAAGAAAACGCCAGAGAAGGAGCCAGAGGAGGUCAAACCAUCUAUCAAAGGGAAGAAGAUCCCAGUGGCUGAACAGGAGAAGGAGGAAGUCAAGCUGAAGCCCAUCUCCAAACCUUCAAAAGAACCUGCCGAGCCUGAGAAGAAACUUACAGAGGAGAAAGUAAAGAAACCACUGGAUGACCUUCAGCAACGUCGCUUAAGUCCUGUUGAAAAAGCAAAAGCUAAAGAACCAGAAGCUAGGCCAAAGAAACCUGAGGUCCCAGAGGUUUCAGAGAAAAAACCAGAGAAACCAAAGGAGGUAGAAGAAGUUCCAGGAGAAAAGACUCCUGCUGCAGUCCCUGCUAAGAAACCUGAGAAGAUGGCUGAGGAGCCCAAAGCUCUGGAGCUAAAGAAAGGAGUCAUACCUAAGAAGAAAGAGGAGAAGGAAGAGGUGGCUCUGAAGCCAGUGGGACAGCUCAAAAAGACACCRUCUCCUAAAGUCGAAAAGCUCAAAGAGGCAGUCCCAGCUGAGAGAAGACCAAGUGUGGAGAAACUCAAAAAGGUUCCAAAAACUGUUUCACCUAAAGACUCGACUGAAGCUGUGACUCUUAAAAAAGUUCCAARGAAACCAUCACCAGAAGAACCGAAGGCUGCAGAACCAGCAGAGCCCCAUAAAGCCAAAGUUCCCCUGGGUAAGGAAGUCUCUCCUGGAGCCGUGCAGAUGAAAAAGGUUUCCACCCAACCAGAGGAGGAGGUGUUCGAGGAGGAGUUUGAAGCACAGGAGGAGGCGGAGAUGGAGGGAGAAGAGGCAUGGGGCUGGGAGCUGGUUCCACGGGACAGUUACGGCUCCGAGGACUGGGAAGGUGAAGAGGAAGAAGGUGCUCUGGAGGUUCCGGGGGUGACCAGGAGAGAGGGACAACCAGCAGAGGAGGCAGGAAGAGGUCGAGGCAGAGGCCUGAGACCCAAGCAGACCCCUUCUCCUGGAGAGGGCAGGGGGCGUGGCCUGAGACCUGGUGGUAGAGGCCCAACACCUCCAGAGGAACCGUUUGCAGGCUUCAAACUGAAAGCUGUCCCCCUGAAGUUCAUCAAGAAGCUUCAGGACAUCGUGUUGCAGGAGGCCGAGUCCAUCGGAUCUUCUGCUGUGUUUGAGUGUGAGGUCUCACCCUCCACUGCUGUCACUUCCUGGAUGAAAGAUGGCGGUAAUCUACGCGAAAGUCCCAAGCACAAGUUCACCUCUGAUGGCAAAGACCGUAAGCUGCACAUCAUUGAUGUCCAGCUGUCUGACACCGGUGAAUACACCUGUGUGGCUAAGAACGCUGGCAAGGAGAUCACAUGCACCGCCAAGCUCAUAGUUGAAGAGCUUCCUGUAAAAUGGAUCAAAGAACUUGAAGAGGAGACAUCGGCAAUAAAAGGUCAGCCCAUUUACAUGACCUGUGAGCUGAACAAAGAGAGAGAGGUGGUCUGGAAGAAGAAUGGAGAAGUCCUGAAAAAGAAGGAGGGCAAGAUUCAGAUCAACAUCAUCGGCAUGCAGCACGCCGUGACCAUCCAGGGCUCGGCAGAAGAAGAUGCUGGUUGUUACUCCUGUGAAGUUUCUGGACAGGAAGACGUCAAGACCUCCACAAACGUCAAAGUGAUUGAAAUUAUCAAAGACUGGAUCGUGAGACCACUUAAAGACCAGCACGUGAAACCAAAAGCCACAGCUGUGUUUAAGUGUGAGCUCUUCAAAGACACUCCCAACUGGAAGUGGCUCAAAGGAGAGAMCGAGGCCACGCCGUCGGACAAGAUCGAGAUCAAGAAGGACGGAAAGGAGCUGACUCUGACCAUCAAGAACUGUCAGCCAGACGAUGUAGCAGAUUAUUCUCUGGAAGUGGAAGGGCGUGUCUACACAGCCAAGCUCACUCUAGGAGACCGGGAGGCUCAGAUCCUGAAGCCCCUGGCCAGUGUUGACAUCAUAGAGAAGGAAGAUGCUACGUUUGAGACAGAGAUAUCUGAGGAYGAUGUUCCAGGGGAGUGGAAGCUGAAAGGAGAAGUUUUGACCAGAUCUCCAACCUGCGACAUCCAGAUGGAAGGCACCGUGCGUAGGCUCAUGCUGAAGAACUGCCAGCUGGAUCAGGCCGGAGAGGUUUCCUACCAGGCUCUGAACGCUGUCACAACCGCCAUGUUGAAUGUGAAAGAAAUCGAAAUGGACUUUGUUGUCCCGCUGAAGGACGUCUGUGUGCCUGAAAAGAAACAGGCUAAGUUUGAAUGCACCAUCACGAAGGAUGUCACUAAGGUCAUGUGGUAUAAAGGGGCUGACAUCGUCACCCCUGACCAAAAGUACGACAUCAUUGAUGAUGGAAAGAAGCACAUGUUGGUGAUAAACUGCUGUGAGUUUGAUGAUGAGGAUGAAUACAUGAUUGAAGUUUUGGGCAAAACGUCCAAAGCUAGACUGACAGUGGAGGGUAUCAGGCUCAAAUUUCUCUCGCCGUUAAAGGAUCAAACAGUAAAGGAGGGCCAAACAGCUCGCUUUGAGCUGGAGCUCUCCCACGACAACAUCCCUGUCACCUGGUACAAGAACGAUGUGAAAAUCCACCCGAGCCGAGCUGUCGUCACUCACGUGGACGGAAAGAAACACGUUCUAGAAAUAAAGGAUGUGACUCUAGAUGAUAUCUGUCAGAUUAAAGCUGAGGCCAAAGGAAUUCCUUCCAUGGCCAACCUGACAGUUAUAGAGGGAAACCCUUACUUCACAGUCAAGCUGCAGGAUUAUACUGCAGUGGAGAAAGACAAUGUGUCUCUAGACUGUGAGCUCAGCAAAGACGUGGACRUCAUGUGGUACCACAACGAGGCUGAGAUCAAGGCCUCUAAGGCGGUGGCCAUCAAAGCAGAGGGCAAACGCAGAACCCUGGUCAUCAGGAAGGUCGGAGACAAAGACAAAGGACAGUAUGUGUGCGACUGUGGGACAGAUAAGACCACAGCAGAGCUUCACAUUGAAGCUCGCCAUAUCAAGGUGGUUCGGCCCAUGUAUGGCUGUGAGGUGUUAGAAGGAGAGACGGCUCGCUUUGAGAUCGAGCUCAGUGAGGAUGACGUUCACGGCCAGUGGAAACUAAACGGAGAAGUCCUCAGUCCGUCUGCUGAUGUGGAAAUYGUGGAGGAUGGAGCGAAACACACUCUGGUGUUGUACAACUGUAAAGUUCCUCAGACAGGCGAGCUGGUGUUCACCGYCGCCAACGCCAAGUGUGCUGCUAACCUGAAAGUGAAGGAGCUUCCUGUCUCGUUCAUUACGCCGCUGGCUGACAUGCACGUGUACGAAAAGGACGAGGCUAAGUUUGAGCUGGAAAUUUCUCGGGAACCCAAAAGUUUCCGUUGGCUCAAGGGAACUCAGGAGUUGUCGAAUGACGACAAGUUUGAAAUCUUAGUAGAUGGUAAUCAACAUGCUCUUAUUGUGAAAUCUUCCCGAUAUGAAGACGAAGGCAAAUAUAUGUUUGAGGCUGAAGACAAGAGAACGUCGGGAAAACUGGUUAUUAAAGGUAUCCGUCUUGAGUUUAUCAAGCCGAUAAAAGACGUGACAGUAAAGGAGCGAGAAACUGCAGAGUUCAGUGUUGAGCUCUCUCAUGAUCAAAUACCAGUAGUGUGGUACAGAAACGAUGUCCGGUUGCACCCCAGUAAGGUGGUGCACAUGUCGGAGGAAGGAAAAGUCCACACGCUAGCCUUUAAGGAGGUCACGCUUGAUGACACCUCCAUGAUUAAAGUUGAGGCCAUGGGAAAGAAGUCAGAAGCCAUGCUGACUGUUCUGGAGGGCGACCUCUACUUCACAGUGAAACUCCAAAACUACACCGCCGUGGAAAAGGAUGAGGUGGUCUUGUCCUGUGAACUAAGCAAGGCUGGCGGUGAGGUCAAGUGGUUCAAAGACGGGAACGAGAUCUUUCCGUCCAGGAACGUUCUCUUCCAGGCCGACGGCAGGAAGCGUACGUUGGUCCUCAAGAGGGCAGCGAAGAGAGACAUGGGGGCGUACGCCUGCGACUGUGGCACCGACAAAACCACUGCAGACCUGAACAUCGAAGAGCGCGACAUUAAGGUUACCCGCCCGCUCUACAGCGUGGAGGUCACAGAGACUGAGACCGCCAUGUUUGAGACAGAAAUCUCUGAGGAUGACCUCCACGCCAUCUGGAAACUGAAGGAAGAGACGCUCCACCCGUCUGCUGACGUGGAGAUGAAGGUGGAAGGAGCCCGACACACUCUAACCCUCUACAACUGCAGGAUGGACAUGGCUGGAAGUGUCGACUUCUCAGCAGCAAAUGCCAAAUCUGCAGCUCAGCUCAGAGUCAAAGCCCGAGUGAUCAGCCUGACCAGGCCUCUGAAGGAUGUGACUGUGACCGCCGGGGAGACCGCCACCUUCGAGUGCGAGCUGACUUACGAAGGCCUCGCUGUAGAGUGGUUCCUGGAGGGAACAAAGCUGGAACCAAGCGACAGAGUGGUGGUGAAGGCAGAUGGGAAAGUUUACAGCGUUACGGUCAGAGACGUCCAGCUGAGUGAAGCUGGACAGGUCAAACUCACCGCCAAGGACUUCCAGACCGAGGCCAGCCUCUUUGUUAAAGAACAACCGAUAGAGUUCACAAAACCUCUGGAGGACCAAACGGUGGAGGAGGAGUCCACCGCCACACUUGAGUGUGAAGUUUCCAGAGAGGGCGCAGAGGUACAGUGGUUCAGGGACGAACAGGACAUCCGCAAGUCCAAGAAGUAYGACGUGAUCGUCGACGGCUGCAAGAGGGCGCUGCUCAUCCACAACUGCACCCUGGACGACUCCAGGACUUAUACGUGUGACUCCAAGGACUUCAAAACCUCCUGCUUCCUCAACGUAGAGCUUCGACGUGUGGAGUUCUCCAAGCCGCUCCAUGACGUGGAGGUCAAAGAGAAGGAAUCUGCCAGGUUUGAGUGUGAAGUCUCCAGAGAAGACGUCAAGGUCUGCUGGCGUAAAGAUGGAAGUGAAAUCAGAAAAGGAAAGAAAUAUGAAAUCAUUGCUCAAGGCCGCCAACACAUCCUCAUCAUCCACAAGUCUGUGUUUGAUGAUGAAGCUGAAUACGAAUGUGAUGCAAAGACCUCCAAAUCCUCCGGCAUGCUGACUGUCAUCGAGGAGGAGGCUAGAUUCACCAAGAAUCUGUCCAACGUGGAGGGGACGGAGACAGACAGUGUGAGGCUGAUCUGUGAGGUCUCCAAGCCCAGCGCUGACGUCGUCUGGUACAAAGGUGACGAGGAGUUGCCUGAGGGCGGACGCUACGACCAGAUCGUUGAUGGCAAGAGGAGAAUCCUCGUCAUCCAGGACCUGAAGAUGAGUGACGCCGGAGAGUACAACUGCAGGCUCAGUCCCACCAUCAGAACCUCYGGAAACCUCCAGAUCAAUGAACUGGCUGCUGAGUUCAUCUCCAGACCUCAGAACCAGGAAGUGGUGGAGGGCCAGAAGGUGGAGUUCACCUGCUCMGUCUCCAAGGAAACCUUUGAGGUGAAGUGGAUGAAGGGCGACAAGCAGCUGGAGGCAGGAGACAAGUACCAGAUGGUGAGUGACGGCAAGAGGCGAACUCUGGUCAUCAAGGACAGCGAGCUGAAAGAUGAGGGUGGGUACGUGGUCGUGAUCGGAGCCACCAGAGCCGGCGCUGACCUGACCGUGAGAGAGAAACUGAAGAUCAUCACCCCUCUGAAGGACAYGGAGGGUAAAGAAGGUCAGGAGGUGGUGCUGAACUGCGAGGUCAACACAGAGGGAGCCAAGGCCAAGUGGCUGAAGAACGACGAGACGCUGUUUGAGAGCGGCAAGUACACCAUGGUCCAGAGAGACAACGUCUUCUCCCUGAGGAUCAAAGAUGCCCAGAAGGGAGAYGAAGCCACCUAUAGCAUCAACCUGACCAAUCAGAGAGGAGAGCAGGUCAAGAGCUCCUGCAGCCUCACCGUCAAAGAGGAGAGUCUGAGGAUUGUGGUUCCUCUUGAGGACAUCGACACUCAGGAGAAGAAGACCAUCAGCUUUUCUUGUAAGGUCAACAGAGCCAACGCCACUCUGAAGUGGAUGAAGGCUGGUGAAGAGAUAGUCUUCAGCAAACGCCUCGUCUACAGAGUGGACAAAGAGAAGCACAUGCUGACCAUCAAAGACUGCACGCUGGCCGAUGAGGGCGAGUACACCGCCGUGGCUGGAGAUGACAAGUCCACCGCAGAGCUGAUCAUCAGCGAGGCACCGACCGACUUCAACGUACACCUCAAGGACCAGACAAUCACAGAGUUCGACGACGCUGAGUUCACCUGUAAGCUGACCAAAGACAAGGCUGAGGUCAAGUGGUACAGGAACGGACGGGAGAUCAGAGAAGGACCCAGAUACGCUUUUGAGAGGGAUGGAAAGUUUUGCACUUUGCGUAUCAAAGAGUGCAGACCUGAUGACGAGUGUGAGUACGCCUGUGGUGUGGACGAAAAGAGGUCCAGAGCCAGGCUCUUUGUUGAAGAGACGCCGGUGGAGAUCRUCCGACCGCCACAGGACAUGUUUGAACCUCCWGGCUCUGACGUGGUGUUCGAGGUGGAGCUGAACAAGGACCGGGUGGAGGUGAAGUGGUUAAGGAACAACAUGACUGUCGUCCAGGGAGACAAGUUCCAGAUGAUGAGCGAGGGGAAACUUCACCGUCUGCAGGUCUGUGAGAUCCGACCCAGAGACCAGGGAGAGUACAGGGUCAUUGUCAAAGACAAAGACGCCAAGGCCAAGCUGGAGUUGGCAGCUGUGCCUCAGAUCAAAACUACUGACCAGAGCUAUGUGACUGACGCAGGAAAGCCCAUCGUUAUGGCCGUCCCCUACAGUGCUUACCCUCAGGCCGAUGCAGACUGGCUCUAUGACAACCAGAGUCUGCCCAAAGACCAGAUCCACACCUCUGCAGACCGCACAGAGUACCGACUCAAGGACCCAAAGAAAUCUGACGAAGGCCGUUACAAGAUCAUCAUCAAGAACAAACAUGGAGAAGGAGAAGCUUUCAUUAACCUGAGCGUCAUCGACGUGCCUGGACCUGUAAAGAACCUGCAGGUGGUUGACACAGCAGACGGUGAGGUCAGUUUGGCGUGGGAUGAACCGGAGAGCGACGGCGGCAGUAAAGUGAUUGAAUAUGUUGUGGAGAGACGAGACGAGAAGCGUAAGACCUGGACUCUGGCCACRGACCAUGCUGAGAGCCCAGAGUACACGGUGACCGGGCUGCAGAAGGACUGCUUUUACCUGUUCAGAGUCUGUGCAAGGAACCGAGUUGGCAGUGGACCCUUCGUUGAGACGGACAAAGCUGUGCAAGCCAAGAACAAGUUUGAUGUUCCUGAUGCUCCUCUGAAUGUCAUUGUGGGAAACRUCUCCAAGUUCGGCUGCACCGUCUCCUGGGAGCCUCCCGAGUCUGAUGGAGGCUCUCCUAUCACCUCAUACAUCGUAGAGCUACGUGACAGRACAUCCGUGAGAUGGUCGCCCGUCCAGGUGACCAAAGCCGAUGAGCUCAGCGCCAUCAUCCACGAUGUCAUCGAGAACAAAGAGUACAUCUUCAGGGUCAAAGCUGAGAACAAAGCUGGUGAAGGCAAGCCAAGUGCUGCCUCACAACCCGUUAAGAUUAUGGAUCCCAUCGAGCGCCCCAGUCCUCCUCUGAACCUGUCCUGGCAGGACCAGAACAAGAGCUCAGUGCAGCUCAGCUGGGAAACUCCUGUGAAGAAUGGAGGCAGCAUAAUCACAGGAUACAUCAUCGAACGCUGCGAAGACGGCACAGACAAGUGGCUCCGCUGCAACGCCCGCCUCUGCCCUGACCUCACCUACAAGGUGUCAGGUCUGAAAUAUGGAACCAAGUACAACUACAGAGUGUUUGCUGAAAAUGCUGCUGGCAUUUCGGACCCGUCCAACACCAUUGGGCCUCUUCUGGCCGAUGACCCACAUGUCGGUCCAACCUUUGACCUGAGUGCCUUCAAAGACGGCCUUGAGGUAAUUGUCCCUCAGCCGCUUGUUAUCAGAGUCCCCAUCUCUGGUUACCCAACCCCCGUCGCCAAGUGGACCUUCGGAGAGAAGGAGUUGACCACCGCAGAUGAGCGGGUCUCCUUGAUGACCAGGUCAACAUUUACAGAACUGAGCAUUGCUCCMAGUGUUCGACCCGACAAAGGCAUCUACACCCUGCAGCUGGAGAAUGAUGUCACCACUGUCUCCGGAGAGAUYGAAGUCAACGUUAUUGCGGCACCCAGCGCUCCAAAGGACUUUAAGGUCCUGGAAGUGACCCGACAGCAUGUCCACCUGACCUGGGAGGUUCCUGAGCACGACGGAGGAAGUCCUCUGACCGGAUAUCAGGUGGAGAAACGAGACGUGUCCCGCAAGACUUGGGUCAAGGUUGUCACAGGUAUCCAGGAUCUGGAGCUCACCGUCACCGACGUGAUUGAAGGGAAGGAGUAUCUGUUUAGAGUCACUGCGCUCAACAAGUGUGGCCCAGGAGAGCCGGCAUACAUCGAUGAGCCUGUCAACGUCUCCUCUCCAGCCACUGUCCCAGACCCUCCAGAGAACCUGAAGUGGAGAGACAAAUCUGCUAGCGGCAUCUUCCUGACUUGGGAACCACCCAAAUAUGACGGUGGCACUGGCAUCCGAGGUUACAAUGUGGAGAAGUGCCAGAGAGGAACAGAUAAGUGGGAGCCCUGUGGAGACAUGGUACCUGAGCUGAAGUGCCAGGUGACUGGUCUGAUUGAGGGCCAGUGGUACGCAUACAGAGUCAGAGCCCUAAACCGACUUGGAGCCAGCCAGCCCUGCAAGGCUACUGAUGAGAUUCAAGCUGUGGACCCCAUAGAAGCUCCACAGAUCCACCUGGACGCCAAGCUUCUGGCUGGUCUGACUGCCAAAGCUGGCAGCAAGAUCGAACUCCCUGCUGAGGUGACCGGUAAACCCGAGCCCAGAGUAAAGUGGACCAAAGCUGACCUGGUCCUCAAACCAGAUGACAGGGUGUCUAUUGACACCAAACCAGGACACUCCACUGUUACGGUCGCCAAGACCAAGAGAGACGACAGCUCCACCUACAUUAUUGAAGCUACCAACAGCAGCGGCCGAGCCACCGCCACUGUGGACGUCAACAUCCUCGAUAAACCUGGUCCGCCUGCUGCUUUUGACAUUUCUGAUAUCACCAAUGAAACCUGCUUCCUGGCCUGGAAUCCUCCUCGUGAUGAUGGCGGCUCCAAAGUCACCAACUACAUUGUGGAGCGCCGGGCAGCCGACAGUGAGAUCUGGCACCGGCUGUCCUCCACCAUCAAACAGACCACGUACAAAGCUGUGGGUCUGAUCAAGUUCAAGGACUACAUCUUCAGAGUCUUUGCUGAAAACCAGUUUGGUGUCGGUCCUCCUGCUGAAAACCCACCUAUCACCGCCAAAUACCCCUUUGACACUCCUGGAGCUCCCUACAAGCUGGAGCCUUCAGACAUCGCCAAGGACUCUCUGACUCUGACCUGGUAUGAGCCGGAUGAAGACGGAGGAAGUCCCAUCACAGGAUACUGGGUGGAGAGAUACGAACCAGACCACGACAAGUGGAUCCGAUGCAACAAGCUGCCCAUCAAAGACACCAACUACAGAGUCAAAGGUCUUCCCACUAGAAAGAAGUACAAGUUCAGAGUCCUGGCUGAGAAUCUGGCUGGAACUGGAAAACCCAGCAAAGAGACGGAUCAAAUCCUCGUUAAGGAUCCAAUCGAUCCUCCCUGGCCUCCAGGUAAACCCACAGUGAAGGACGUAGCCAAGACUUCCUGCUUCUUGAUGUGGACCAAACCUGAGCACGACGGCGGAGCCAAAAUCGACAGCUACGUCAUUGAGAUGUUGAAGAGCGGAACCACAGAUUGGAUCCGUGUGGCAGAGAACAUCACCUUCCUGGAAUUCUUCCUGAAGGGUUUAAUGGAGAAGCAGGAGUACUCAUUCAGAGUGCGCGCCGUGAACGUGGCAGGGGAGAGCGAACCCAGCGAGCCCAGUGACCCAGUGCUCUGCAAGGAGAGACUGAACCCUCCGUCAGCUCCUCGCUGGUUGCAAGUGGUGAGCAUCUGCAGGAGCAGCGCUGAGCUGAAGUGGACUGCCCCUGAGCGUGAUGGAGGAUCCAAAGUCACCAACUACGUGGUGGAGAAGCGUGACGUGAGGCGUAAAGGCUGGCAGACGGUGGACACCACAGUGAAGGAGUUGAAGACCACUGUCACGCCUCUGAACGACGGCUCGCUCUACGUGUUCCGUGUUGCUGCAGAAAAUGCUGUUGGCCUCGGACCAUUCUGUGAACUGGAGGACUCUGUGCUGGCCAAAGAUACUUUCACAACUCCUGGGCCGCCUUACGCUCUCACUGUCAACGCUGUGACCAAAAAAUACGUCGACCUGGAGUGGGAGACUCCUAAAAACGAUGGAGGCAGACCCAUAAUCAAGUAUUCUAUUGAGAAGAAGGAGAAACUUGGAACACGCUGGGUGAAGUGUGGUAAGACUUCAGGUCCGGACUGUAAGUACAGAGUAACAGACGUCAUCGAGGGAACAGAGGUCCAGUUCCAGGUGUGUGCUGAGAACGAGGCUGGUGUUGGACACCCGAGUGAACCUACAGAGAUCAUCACCAUCGAAGAUCCAACAGGUAUCCCAUCUCCACCCACUGAGCUCCAUGUGACCGGAGCCAGUCGGGACUUCCUGUCCAUCGCCUGGAAACCUCCACAGCAGGAUGGCGGCUCUGCGAUCCGUGGAUAUCACAUUGAGAUGUGUGAGGCUGGAACUGAAAAGUGGAUGAGGGUCAACUCCCGUCCAGUGAAAGAGCUGAAGUAUCGUGUGGAGGAGGGCGUGGUCCCUGAGAAGGAGUACAUCCUGAGAGUGAGGGCCAUCAAUGCUGUUGGAGAGAGCGAGCCCUCCGAUAUCUCAGAAAACGUCUUUGCCAAGGAUUCAGACUGUAACCCCACGCUGGACUUCCAAACUUUGGACUUGGUUGUUGUGGAAACAGAGAAGCUUCACAUUCCAGUUCCCUUCAGAGCUGUGCCCUCGCCCAAAAUCACCUGGCAUAAAGAUGGCAAGGAGCUGAAGGCCGAUGAACGCGUUGGCUUCAGAAAGGAGUACACUUCCUGUCACCUGGAGGUUGACAGCAGUGUUCAUCCUGAUGCUGGAGUUUAUAAAGUGACUCUGGAGAACAAACUGGGAAGUGCCAGUGCCACCAUCAAUGUUAAAGUCAUCGGACUUCCUGGUCCCUGCAAGGAGAUUGUGGCUUCAGAGAUCACAAAGAGCUCCUGUAAAGUGACCUGGGAUCUUCCAGACUAUGAUGGCGGCAGCCCGAUCCUUCACUACGUCCUGCAGCGCCGUGAGGCAGGCAGGAGGACUUACRUCAACAUGAUGUCUGGAGAAAACAAGGUGUGCUGGACAGUGAAGGACCUCAUCCCCAAUGGAGAGUACUACUUCAGGGUCCAGGCUGUCAACAAGAUCGGAGGAGGAGAGUUCAUUGAGCUGCGAAACCCAGUCAUUGCUGAGGACCAAAAACAUGCUCCUGACCCUCCAGUGGACGUGGAGACCCACAACCCCACAUCCAGCACCGUCACCCUGACCUGGAAGCCUCCGAUGUAUGAUGGCGGUGCCAAGAUCAUGGGCUACAUUCUGGAGAAGCAGCAGAAAGGCGAGGACAAGUGGGAGAGGUGCAACGACUUCCUGGUCCCCGUCCUGUCCUACACUAUCAGGGGACUUACUGAGGGCAAGAACUACACGUUCAGAGUCAAAACCGAGAACGCCGCUGGCAUCAGUGAGCCGUCUCGCAACACACCCUAUGUUAAGGCCUCAGACGCCGUUGAUCCUCCAAAGGUGUUCCUGAGUGGCAGUCAGCAGUCUGGUCUCAGCAUAAAGCGGGGCUAUGAGAUCUGCUUGGAUGCCAACAUCUCCGGUUCUCCGUACCCUCAGAUCACCUGGUACUGGAACAACCAGGAGAUCCAGCCCGAACCCCUGCGCAAGAGGCCCGAGAAACCCCUCAGGAAGAAGGUAGAAAAGAAGGAAGAAAAGAAAGAGGAAAUAAAAGAGGAGGAGAAGAAGACAGAGGGAGAAGCAGAAACAAAGGAGGGUGAGGUGAAGGAGGGAGAGGAGAAGAAAGAAGGAGAGGAGAAAAAGCCAGAGGAGGAGAAGAAGCCAGAAGAGGAGGCUGAAGAAGUGGAAGAGCCCGACUACCCAACCAUUAAUGAACGUCUGACCAUUAACAACAGCCGAAGGGGCGUGUCCUCCAUCAUUAUCGUGGACACGGUCCGCCGAGAUCACGGCGUCUACAUGGUGAAGGUGGAGAACGAUCACGGAGUUGCCUCUGCAACAUGUGAGGUCAACGUGCUCGAUACUCCCGGUCCUCCUGUCAACUUCAAGUUUGAGGAGGUGAGGAAGAACUCUGUUAUCUGCAAGUGGGAUCCUCCUCUGGAUAACGGUGGCAGUGAGAUCAUCAACUACACCCUGGAGAAUAAGGACAACUCGAAGAUGGAGUUCGGCUGGAGUGUUGUUACCUCCACCUUGAUGGGAUGCCGCUACCUGGUACCCAAACUCAUCGAGAAGAAAGAGUACAUCUUCAGGGUCGUGGCAGAGAACAAGUUUGGUCCUGGUCGUCCUUGUGUCUCCAAGCCUCUCAUCGCCAAGAACCCUUUCGAACCUCCCGAUGCUCCUGAUAAGCCCCAGAUUGAGGACAUCACAGCCAACAGCAUGCUGGUCAAAUGGAACCAACCAAAUGACAACGGCAGCCCCAUCCUGGGAUACUGGGUGGAGCGGCGGGAGAUCAACAGCUCCCACUGGGCGCGUGUUAACAGGRACAUUGUCAAAGACACUGAGUUCAAUGUUGAAGGGCUGCUGGAGGGACUGACUUACAUAUUCAGGGUGGCAGCUGAAAACCAGGCUGGACCUGGAAAGUUCAGUGAACCCUCUGAACCCAAAAUGGCUCAGACUCCCAUCUUGCCUCCUGGACCUCCCAUCGCUCGCAUUGCUACAACCACUGAAUACUCGAUUGAAGUGGAGUGGGACCCACCUGCUGAUAAUGGUGGAGGAGAGAUCCUGGGAUACCAUGUGGAGAAGUCAUUGGUGGGUAGCAAGGAGUGGUCCAGAGCUACAGAAUGGCCUUGUAGAAACCGUACCUUCACUGURUAUGGUGUCCGUGAGAAAGCCAAGUACACAAUUCGAGUCAUCGCCUGCAAUGCUGCAGGAGAAGGAACACCUGGAUUCACAGAGGCUGUGAUUGUCCAAAAUCCAGCAGAAAAACCAAUGAUAGAUUUGGACGUGUCCGUGAAGAACGGUGUCAUCAUCAGGGCUGGAGAAACACUCCUUAUACCAGCUACUGUCACAGGGAAACCAUACCCAGCCAUCACCUGGACCAAGGAUGAUGGUAAACCAGACAAAGACCGCGUGGAGAUCCUCAGUGAGGGCAACAACAGCAUUCUGUCCAUCGCAAACGUUCAGAGGAAGGACGCUGGAAAAUAUGUGAUCUCUGCAUGCAACCCCAGCGGCACCAAGUCAGCCUGGAGCAGAGUGGAAGUGAUGAAUGUCCCUGGACCUGUCACGGAUCUGAAGCCAGUUGUUGUUACUCGUAAGAUGAUCUUCCUGAAUUGGGAUGACCCUGUAGACGACGGGGGCAGUGAUCUGACGGGCUUCCUCGUAGAACGAAAAGAUGUGAAGAUGCACACAUGGAGACAGCCCGUUGAGACCGUCUCAUCCAAAUGUGAGUGUGGGGGUAUCGUGGAGGAACAAGAGUACUACUUCAGAGUCAUCGCCAAGAACAAGUAUGGUCUGGGUGAACCUGUGGAAAUAGGACCAAUCAAGGCUAUAGACCCACAGGGUCCACCAACAUAUCCUGAGAAGUUCCAUUAUACAGAACGCACCAAGGACUCCCUCACACUGGCCUGGAAGCCUCCUCGUAGCGAUGGUGGCAGCCCAGUGAUUGGGUACUUUGUUGAGAAGAAGAGACAGGACCAGCAAGCCUUUGAACCCUGCAACACAGAGAUCUGCACCGACAUGACUAUGACUGUGACGGGCCUGGAGGAUGCUUGGAUGUAUGAGUUCAGAAUCAAAUGUGCUAAUCUGAUUGGUGAGAGUGAGCCAUCCAUCCCAUUGACAGUGAUCAUCCAAGAUGAUGAAGUGUCUCCUGAGGUCCACAUGCUGAAGCACUUUAAGGCAGACUGCAUCACAGUGAAGAAGGGUGAACCUGUUGAGAUUCCUGCUGACAUCAUCGGACUCCCCAUCCCAAAGAUCGAGUGGUCCAAGGAUGACGUGGAGAUUCCAAAGUCCACUGAGACCCUUCUAAUUGAGACAGAGGUUACMGGCAGGUUGAAUGCCAAGACCAAGCUGACCAUCCCAGCGACCAACAGGAGGGACCGGGGCAGCUACAUGGUGUUAGCCACCAACAACAUGGGCUCUGCUAAGCACACCAUCACCGUCAUGGUGCUAGACCGACCGACUCCACCCAGGAAUCUGGCUGUGUCCAACAUCAGGGCAGAGUCCUGCUACCUGAACUGGGACGCGCCCACUGAUAAUGGUGGCAGUGAGCUGACCAAUUACAUUGUUGAGAGGAUGGAAGUGAUGAAAGAGCAGCCUGAGCUGGAGGAGGGAGUGGAGGCCCCACCCGAGCCGCAGUGGGAGGUGGUCAACAACAGCGUCAUCGAGAGAAAAUUUGGGGUAUGGAACCUGGAGACCAAAAAGACCUACCUGUUCCGAGUCAAAGCCCAGAACCGCUAUGGUAUAUCAGAUCCCUGCACGACAGGGGAGGUUCUCAUCAUAGACCCCUUUGGACUUCCUGGACCACCAGAGAAACCAACUAUUGCAGAAUACACCAAGACCUCCAUGACGCUAACCUGGGAGCCUCCCAGAGAGACCGGAGGUUCAAAGAUCAUCGGCUACUGGCUGGAGAAACGGGAGAAAGGCACAGAUUACUGGGCUAAAGUCAAUAAGACCCCAAUAACUAAAAGAGGCAUGAAAGGCUGGGAGUAUCAGGUGACUCGUCUCUUUGAAGGAACAGAGUACGAGUUCAGGGUUGCAGCUAGUAACUCAGCUGGAACCGGACCCUUCAGCAGCCCGUCUGACUCGGCCUUCGCUGUUGAUCCCAUCACUCCUCCCAGCAUGCCCGCUGCUCCUGUGGUUGCUGAUAAGACCAAGUACAGUGUCUUGCUGACCUGGAAACCACCUGAGAGCGACGGAGGAAGUCCCGUCAAGGGCUACAUCGUCCAGAUCCAGGAUGAAGGCUCAUCAGAGUGGCACAGACUGAACGAUAUCGACAGCCUGGUCCCCACCACAGAGUUCACCGUGCCUAGCCUCCGCGAGCUGAAACGCUACCGCUUCAGGAUCAUAGCUGUCAAUGAUAUUGGAGAGUCGGAACCCAGCCCCCGCACCACUGAAGUUCUGAUUGAGGACGUUCAACUUCCUCCUUUCAUCACAAUUGAUGUUCUGGCUGAUGACCUCGUGAAUAUCCGCGCUGGAGAUCCGGUCAGGAUCCCUGCCACCAUCAGAGGCCGCCCUGCUCCCAAAGUGACCUGGGACUAUGAAGGCAAAGCCAAGGCAGAGAAGAAGAACAAACUGCACACACUGCCUGUGGACUCUGCGGUUGAAUCCACAGACACCACAUCUGUGGUGAACAUCCCCGUCAGUCUGAGGAGCCACUCUGGACGCUACACCAUCACAGCCAAGAACAAGUCAGGGCAGAAACACGUCAACGUUAGGGUCAUUGUUGUGGAUGUUCCUGGACCUCCAAAGGACCUGAAGGUCACUGACAUUACCCGGUCAACCAUGAGGCUGAUCUGGAAACUCCCCGAUACUGACGGAGGAGAGAGAAUCAAGAGCUACUUUGUUGAGAAGAAGUCUGUCAUUGACAAGGCCUGGACCAAGGUGAAUGCAGCCUGUGCCAGCCAGGCCUUUGUGGUUCCAGGUCUGUUGGAGGGUCUGGAGUACCUGUUCAGGGUGCGAGCAGAGAACAGACUGGGAUUCGGUCCGUUUACUGAGACAACAGAACCUGUUCGAGCCAGAGAUCCCAUCUACCCACCUGACCCCCCAACCAAGCUGAAGGUCAACCUGGUCACAAAGACCACGGUCACCCUGAGCUGGGAGCCCCCGAAAAACAACGGCGGCUCUCCUGUGAAGCAUUACAUCAUCGAGCGUUUGAGCUGGGACACCAGCGGGAAGGAGAAGGAGACCUGGAAGCAGUGCAACAAGAGGGACGUGGAGGAGCUCACCUUCGAGGUGGAGGACCUGAAGGAGGGAGGAGAAUAUGAAUUCAGAGUAAAAGCCGUGAACGAUGCCGGAACCAGCCGACCCUCUGCCACCGUAGGACCCCUGGUCAUCAAAGAUCAGACAUGUCCUCCCACCAUCCAGCUGCGGGAGGCCAUGGAGGGGGAGGAGGGAUGUGAUGUCAGCAUUGUGGCAAAGAUCAGCGGCUGCCCGUUCCCAUCGCUCACUUGGCACAAGGCCAGCCUGGCCAAACCCGAGGAGAAAGCUGCAGUCCARUAUGACCAGCACUUCAACAAACUGGUCACCCAGGAUAAGUGCACGCUGCUGAUUCAGCAGGCCAGCAGGCACGACAGCGCACUCUACAGCCUGACGGCCAGCAACAGUCUGGGCACCGCCACCAAGGACACCAAGCUUUCAGUCUUUGGACCUCCAAGUGCACCGAUCGGACCCAUAAAGUUCACUGAGGUGUUUGCAGACCGUAUCGGCCUGGCCUGGAGCCCUCCUACAGACAAUGGUGGAUCCAAGAUCACCAACUACGUGGUUGAGAAGCGUGAGGACAACAGAAAGUCCUGGGUCCACGUCUCCAAUGACCCCAAGGAGUGCGCCUAUGUGGUGACACGUCUCACGGAGAACCACAUGUAUGAGUUCCGAGUCAUGGCUCAGAACAAGUUUGGAGUUGGCCCACCACUGGUCAGUGAGCAGGAGAAGGCCAGAAACCUUUUCACUGUCCCGGGUCAGUGUGAGAAACCAACCAUUACUGAGGUCUGUCUGGAGUCUAUGACCGUCAACUGGGAAGAGCCCAAAUAUGACGGUGGAUCCCCCAUCACCGGAUACUUUGUUGAGAAGAAGGAGACYACCUCCAAGCGCUGGAGCCGUGUCAGCCGUGAACCAAUCCGAGCUCUCCCGCUGGGCAACAACUGGGACGUCACYGGCCUGCUGGAGGGUGCCUUGUACCAGUUCAGAGUCAUCGUUGUCAACGCUGCUGGCUCUGGUCUGCCCAGCAUGCCCUCAGACCCCAUCCUCUGCAGAGACCCCAUCAAGCCUCCAGGCCCACCCUCUCCAAAGGUGACAGACUGGUCAAAGUCCACUGUGGAUCUGGAGUGGAUGCCGCCUCUGAUCGAUGGAGGAUCCAAGGUGACAGGCUACAUCGUUGAGUUUAAGGAGAUCAAUAAGGAGGAGGAGGAGAAGAGAGCUCAGAAGAGRCUGCUGCUCAGUGAUGCUGAGGAGGAGAAGGCACCUGAGGGAGACGAGGGCUGGAAGAAGGCAAAGGACACCGAGGUCAGAGGAACUAAGUUUGUGGUGGCUGGUCUGAAGGAAGGAGGUCUGUAUCAGUUCAGAGUCCGAGCCGUAAAUGCUGCUGGGGUGGGAGACCCYGGACUUGUGUUGGAGCUGAUCGAGGUCAAAGACAGAACAAUUCCUCCUGAGAUGGACCUGGACGCCUCGGUGAAAGAGAAGAUUGUGGUUCACGCCGGCGGCACCAUCCGUAUUAUUGCUUAUGUGUCUGGUAAACCCGCCCCACAAAUCACCUGGUGCCGGGAUGACGGCGAGGUGCCCAAAGAGGCAAAAGUGGAGACGACAGGCAUCUCUAACUCUCUGGUGAUCAAGAACUGCAGACGCCAGCACCAGGGCAUCUACACGCUGAGCGCCAAGAACGAAGGAGGCGAGAGGAAGAAGGCCGUCAUUGUGGAGGUCCUCGAYGUCCCUGGACCAGUUGGUCUUCCCUUUGCUGGAGAGAACCUGACCACAGACUCCUGUAAGCUGACCUGGUACUCUCCUGAGGACGAUGGAGGCUCAGCCAUCACCAACUACAUCAUCGAGAAGCGCGAGUCUGACCGCAUGGGCUGGACCUCGGUGUCCUACACGGUGACAAGGAACAACGCCGUGGUGCAGGGACUCAUCGAGGGAAAGGGCUACUUCUUCAGGAUUGCAGCUGAAAACAUUAUCGGAAUGGGACCUUUCAUCGAGACCGAUAAGAUGGUUUUGAUCAAAGACCCGAUCUCUGUCCCUGAGCGUCCAGAAGACCUGAUCAUCACCKCUGUUACCAAGGACUCCAUCUCUGUUGCCUGGAGACCGCCAAAGUACGACGGUGGCGCCGAGGUGACGGCAUAUGUCCUGGAGUCCCGAAUGGUUGGCCGUGACACUUUCACACGCAUUGGUGGAGAGGACAAGCUGAUGGACAGGAAGUUCACGCUUAAGGAGCUGAAAGAAGGCUCGAGCCACGAGUUCAGGGUUUCUGCUGUCAACCAUGUUGGACAGGGCAAACACUCGUUCCCCACCAAACCUGUGCAGUGCAAGGACGAGCUGGAACCACCUACUUUGGACCUGGACUUCAGGGACAAGAUGAUGGUGAGGGUGGGAGACCCAUGUUUGCUGUCGGGACGCUACAGUGGCAAACCGGCCCCGGUCAUCACUUGGAAGAAAAACGAGGAGGAGCUUAAAGCAGAUGAUGAAAUCACCCUUCACAGCACCGCCCACCACCUCAGCCUGAACAUCGGCAAGACCAAGAGGGACCACAGCGGCCGAUACAUGGUCAGCGUGGAGAACGCUGCUGGUACCCGUACAGGAAGCUGCACCCUCACUAUGGUUGACCGUCCCGGCCCCCCACAGGGUCCCGUUGUGUUCAACGAGGUCUACAGGAACUACAUGGUGAUCUCCUGGAACCCUCCUCUGGACGAYGGAGGCUCCACCGUCUCCAACUACAUYGUGGAGAAGAGGGACACCAACCGAGACCUGUGGAUGCCCGUCAUCUCGUCCUGCACCAGGACCAGCUGCAGGGUGCCCAAACUGAUCGAGGGCCGUGAGUACAUCAUCCGGAUCAUGGCUCAGAACAUGUACGGUAUCAGCGACCCCCUCCUGUCUGCAGAAACCAAAGCUAGAGACAUCUUCAAGGUUCCUGAUGCUCCCAAACAGCCCCUGGUGAAGGAGGUUUACCAGGACUCAGCCCUGAUCAGCUGGGAGCCCCCUGCCGAUGGGGGGAAACCAAUCACAGGCUACAUAGUGGAGAGGAAGGAGACCAAGGCCAACAGGUGGGUUCGUUGCAACACUGAGAGAAUCCACCCCAAAGUGGAGUACUGUGUGACAGAGCUGCUGAAAGGCUGCGAGUAUGAGUUCCGAGUCAGUGCUGAGAAUGAGGUGGGAGCUGGAGAUCCCAGCCCACCAUCCAAACCCGUUUUUGCCAAGGAUCCUAUUGUGAAACCCGGUCCACCAGUCAACCUUCAGGCCAUUGACUUUACCAAGGAGUCUGUGACCCUGUCCUGGGACCCCCCUACUGACACCGGUAGAGGAAAGAUCUUUGGAUACCUGCUGGAGUUCCAGAAAGCUGGAGAAGAGGAAUGGAACAAAGUGAACCUGACUCCAGACUCCUGUCAGGAGACCAAGUUUAAGGUGAUCGGCUUGGAGGAUGGAGCUAUGUACCGCUUUAGAGUCAUGGCUGUGAAUGCUGCAGGAGAGUCUGACCCAGCCAACGUCAAGGAACCAAUCAGAGUGCAGGACAGACUGGAGCCACCAGAUCUCAUCCUGGAUGCAGCGAUGACCCGAGAGGUGAAGGCCAUGUCCGGUACUCACAUCACUCUAAUGGCUGCCAUCAAAGGUGUCCCAUUCCCCACCGUCACCUGGAAGAAGAACGAUGCAGAAGUUCCUACCAGAGCCGACAUAGAGACCAACCAGGCAGGCACCAAGCUGGAGAUGAGGUUCUGUAACCGUGGUGACUGUGGAGAUUACACCCUUACAGUGGAGAACCCUGCUGGGUCCAAGACCGUUACCUGCACUGUCCUGGUUCUUGACAAACCUGGACCCAUUCAGCACCUCCGGGUGUCAGAUGUCAGAAGUGACUCUGCAUACCUGUCCUGGAAGGAUCCUGAAGACAAYGGUGGAACUCGCAUCACUAACUUUGUGGUAGAGAAGAAGGACACAGCGUCCACUCAGUGGGUCCCUGUCUGCUCCACGUCCAAGAAGCGCAGCAUGACGCUGAAGCACCUGAUGGAGGGAACGUCUUACUCCUUCCGAGUUGCUGCUGAGAAUCAAUGUGGCCGAAGUGAAUAUGUUCAGACGCCAAAACCCAUCAAGGCAAUGAACCCUCUCUUCCCACCUGGUCCUCCCAAAGAUCUGCAUCAUGCUGACGUGGACAAAACCGAAGUGUGGUUGGCCUGGAACUGGCCGGAUCGCAAUGGAGGAAGUGAGAUCACAGGCUUCCUGGUGGAGUAUCAGGAGGAGGGAGCAAAGGAGUGGGAAGAAUGGAAGACUGAGAGCAUUCCUGAGAGCCAUGUCACUGGCCUGGAGGAGGGAAAGACCUAUCGUUUCAGAGUGAGGGCUGAAAAUGCCAUUGGCCUCAGCAGACCAGACACCACCCUGCCCAUCCUGUGCCAGGAGAAACUUGUUCCUCCAAUCGUGGAGGUGGACGUUAAACUCAUUGAAGGCAUCAUUGUGAAGGCUGGCACUACCAUCAGGCUGCCAGCUUUAAUGAGGGGAAUCCCUGUGCCAACAGCUAAGUGGUCCAUUGAUGGAGAGGAGAUCACRAGCCAGGGCAAAAUUAAGAUUGACACUGAUAAUUACUCCACUGUGCUCAAUAUUAAUGAGUGUACCAGGAACCACACAGGCACCUACCUGCUGACCGUGUCCAAUCCAGCAGGAACCAAGACUGUGGCCCUGAAUGUCACAGUUCUCGAUGUUCCAGCUGCUCCUAUUGGACCUGUCAACAUCCUGGAGGUCACUCCAGACUCCAUGAUAAUUGAAUGGCGCCCUCCUAAGGACGAUGGUGGAAGCCCUGUCACCAACUACAUUGUGGAGAAGAGGGAAUCCAACAAGGAGACCUGGGGAGGAGUCAGCUCUGGCAGCCUUAUAACUGAACUUAGGAUCACCCGACUGCAGAAGGGGGUGGAGUAUGUGGUCCGCAUUCGUGCUGAGAACAAAAUGGGAGCAGGCGCUCCGCUGGAGAGCAAGCCAACCGUUGCUGAGCACACCUUCAUGCCACCCAGUCCACCCGGUAAGCCUCAGUGCUACGAUCUAGCAGAAGAUGCCGUUACAGUGGGAUGGACGAUGCCUCUCGCUGACGGUGGCAGUCAGAUCACAGGCUACCUCGUUGAGCGUCGGCAUAAGGGGGGAAAGUGGAUCCGCGUCAACAGGAUACCCUGYAGAGACCUCCGUUACAGAGUCCUGGGUCUCUUUGAGGGAAGUGAAUAUGAGUUCAGAGUGUUUGCUGAAAAUAUUGCUGGCUACAGUGGACCUUCUCCCACCUCUGACCCCUGCAAGCCAUGCAGACCCAUCACAGUCCCAAGUCCUCCAAUCAAUGCCAAAGUUAAAGACUACAGUAAGACCACAGCUGACCUGGUCUGGAUGAAACCUUCCAGAGAUGGAGGCAGCCCUAUCUUAGGCUACACUGUGGAGAUGCAGAAAGCAGAUUCUGAAGAAUGGAAGAAGGUGAACCUGGACGAUGACUUUAUCAAGCUGUGUGCCUUCAGGGUCAAAGGCCUGGAAGAGGGUGUGACCUACAGAUUCCGAGUCCGGGCUUCAAACAUGGUUGGUGAUGGAGAGCCCAGAGAAAUCCCAGGUUCUAUUACUGCUCAGGAUAUCCUCAUCCCUCCAGAGAUAGAAAUGGAGGCCACCUGCCGCGAGCGAGUAACUGUUCGUGUUGGACACAACAUUAAUGUCUAUGGCUACAUCAAAGCUCGUCCAGAUCCUGAGGUCGUUUGGUCAAAGGAGGACACAGUUCUGGAGAACAGCAAGCGUGUGACCAUUGUUCAGAACCUGCCUAUGGUCCACCUGAGGAUAAAGGAAGCCACAAGAAAUGACCAUGGCAAAUACACACUGAAGGCUUCAAAUGAGGGCGGUGAGGCAUCCUGCACUAUCACAGUGAAUGUCCUGGACAGACCGGGUCACUGCCAGAACCUGCACCUCACCUACGCCACCAAGUCCUCCUGUAUGAUCAACUGGGAGGCACCUAAUGACAACGGUGGAUCUGAAAUCACCAACUACAUCGUGGAGUGUCGUGAGCCCAGCAUCAGUAUGUGGUCCAUGAUCUCCUCAAACUGCACCAACCGUAAGAUCAAAGCCAAGCUGAUGGAAGGCCAUGAGUACCUGUUCCGUGUCUGUGCUGUGAACAAGUUAGGACCUGGUCCCGCUGUGGAGAUCAAGACCCCUCUGCUGGCUAUAGAUCCCAUUGAGAAGCCUGGAGAGCCAGAGAAAUUCAGAGCCUCUGACAUUGGAAAGAACUACGUCUACCUGAGGUGGAGGAGGCCUGACUAUGAUGGAGGCAGUCCUAACCUCUCCUACAACCUGGAGUACAAAGCCAAAGAUGCUGAACAAUGGGAGAAACUCAACAUCGGCACACUAACAGACACCUUCUUCUUGGCUGACAAGUGUCUGGAGAACCAUACAUAUACCUUCAGAGUUCAGACUGUGAACGAGGGAGGAGAAAGUGCCUGGGUGAAACUUCCUGAUAUCCUGGUGAAAGAAGAGAUCCAGAAGCCAGUCAUUGACCUGAAAGUGGCAGGAACUGUGACAGUGAUGGCCGGAGAGUCUGUCAGGAUGGAGGCUGCCUUGAGAGGAAAGCCUCAGCCGGAGGUUGUGUGGACCAAAGACAAGGCUGUGGGAGACAACCCGAGACUGAGCUAUGAAACCGGUCCAGACUAUUCCAAGUUCCUUUUGACCAAGUCCAAACGCACAGACACUGGGAAGUAUGUCAUCACUGCUACUAACACAGCCGGCACCUUCACGGCAUAUGCCAAUGUCAACGUCCUGGAUGUUCCUGGACCAGUGAGGAACCUGAGGAUCACUGGCAUCGGAGCUGACAAGUGCAGGGUGGUGUGGGACGGCCCCGAGGAUGACGGAGGUUGUGAAGUGGACAGCUACAUUGUGGAAAAAUGUGAGACCAGGAGGAUGGUGUGGUCCACAUACUCAGCCGCUGUGGUCACACCGUACUGUAACGUCACUCGCCUGGUGGAGGGUAACGAGUACAUCUUCAGGGUGAGAGCAGAAAACAAGAUGGGAACUGGCCCUGCUGUAGAGGGCAAACCUGUAACUGUCAAGACCCAGUUUAACAGGCCCGGACCUCCUGAGGCUCCUGAGGUUACCAAGGUGAGCAAAGACGAGAUGACUGUCGUCUGGGCUCCACCAGAGAACGAUGGAGGGAAGUCCAUCACCGGCUACAUCCUGGAGAGGAAAGAGAAGCGGGCAGUGCGGUGGGUGGCGUGUACAAAGAGCCCCAUUUCUGAGAGACGCAUGAAAGUCACUAACCUGAUCCCCAACCACGAGUACCAGUUCAGAGUGAAAGCUGAAAACGAGGUGGGCUUGGGAGAGCCAAGCAAACCCUGCAGACCUGUGGCAGCCAAAGAUCCUAUCGAGCCCCCUGGUCCACCUGCAGGCCUGAAGGUGGGAGACAGCACCAAGACCUCAAUAACCCUGAGCUGGUCCAAACCUGUGUACGAUGGUGGCGCUCCCAUCAUCAACUACAGCCUGGACAUGAGGCUGAAGAGUGAGGCGGACCCUGAGAAACCUUCUGAGGGCUGGAAGAGGAUCGAUACUCGUGGUCCACUGGUGAUCACAGAGUUCACUAUUGGUCAGCUGGAUGAGAAGCAGGAGUACGAGUUUAAGGUUUCUGCCCAGAACCAGGUGGGCUGGGGCCGCCACGCCUACCUGAAGGAAGCUGUGUCUCCCAGGGAGAUUCUGGAGGCUCCAGAAAUUGAGUUGGAUGCCAGUCUGAGGAAAGGCCUGGCUGUCAGAGCCGGCUGUCCAAUCAGGCUGUUUGCUGUAAUCAGAGGAAGGCCGGCCCCCAAGGUCACCUGGAAACGCAUGGGUGUGGACAACGUGGUGCGCAGAGGACACGUGGACCAGGUGGACACCAUGUCCUUCCUAGUCAUCCCUGAGAGCACAAGAGAGGAUUCUGGGAAAUACUCACUGACUCUGUCCAAUUCAGCCGGAGAGAAAGCCGUGUUUGUUCGUGUCAAAGUCCUCGACACUCCUGGUCCGGUCGGAGGCCUGGAUGCAACCAAUGUCACAAAGACCACCGCUCAGAUCUCAUGGUUGCCUCCAGAAAAUGACGGAGGUAGCCCCAUAAUCAAUUACAUUGUGGAGAAACGGGAAGUGGACAGGAAGACAUGGACCAAAUGCAUAGAAGACUUAAAGAAAACUAGCUUCAAGGUGACCAACCUGGCACCUGGCAUUGAGUACUACUUCAGAGUCAUAGCCUGCAACAAAUAUGGACCUGGAGUUCCUCAGGAUUCUCCCAGAUCCUACCUGGCUGUGGACCCUCUUAGUGAGCCAGAUCCACCAAAGAAGAUGGAUGUGCUGGAGAUCACCAAGAACAGCGCCACCCUGGGCUGGCUGAAGCCCCUCAGAGAUGGAGGGGCCAAGAUCAAUGGCUAUGUGGUGGAUUACCAGGAGGAAGGUGCACCGGAGGACAAGUGGACCCCUUACUCCGUGGUCAAAGACCUGACCAUUGUGGUGGUGGGUCUGAAGGAAGGGAAGAAGUACCGGUUUAGAGUUGCAGCCAGGAACUCUGUGGGAGUCAGCUUGGCUCGAGAGGUAGAAGGAGUGUUUGAGGUCAAGGAGCAGCUAAUGGCUCCAAAAAUCAUAAUGCCUGACAUUGUGACAGCCAGAGCUGGAACCAAGAUGGUGAUUGAGGCUAUUGUUGCGGGUAAACCUGCUCCUGUCUGCAAGUGGAAGCAGGGCAAUGAGGAUGUGCUGACCUCUGACCGUCUGUCACUCGUAAAGACUCUGACAACCACCACACUCAUCAUUAAGAACGUGAACAGGAAGGACAGUGGCUACUACAGCCUGUCUGCUGAGAAUAGUACCGGCAAAGUCAACCAGAUCCUCAGGGUCAUCAUAAUGGACAAGCCUGGACCUCCAGAAGCUCCAUUAGAGAUCACUGAGUUAGACAUUGAUGCCUGCACACUGCUCUGGAACACCCCCCAGGAGGAUGGCGGCAGCAACAUCACCAACUACAUCGUAGAGAAGUGUGACGUCAGCCAGGGUGACUGGGUCACGGUGUCCACUUCCUGCACCAAGACCAGCUUCAGAAUGUCCAAACUUACUCCUGGAAAAGAGUACUGGUUCAGGGUCCGUGCUGAGAAUAGGUUUGGCAUCUCAGAGCCCAUCAACUCUGAGAAAAUGAUCGCCAAAUAUCCAUUUGAUCCUCCGAGUGAGCCCAGAAGCCUGCAGAUCAAUAAGAUCAACAAGGACUUUGUGAUCCUGUCCUGGGAGCGUCCCAGCAGUGAUGGUGGCAGCCCCAUCACUGGGUACUGUAUUGAGAAGAAGGAGAGGAACAGCCUUCUGUGGGUGAAGGCUAAUGAAGCUGUGGUCAAAGCAACCCAGUACACCUGCAUGGGCCUGAUCGAAGGUCUGGAGUACACCUUCAGGGUGUCUGCAUUCAACCAAGCAGGACAGGGAAAACCAUGCAAACAGACAGACUUUAUCACCGCCAGGACCGCUGUUGACCCACCAGGAAAACCAGAGGCUAUGGACGUGGCUAAGAACUCUGUUUCAUUGGUGUGGAGCCGUCCCAAACAUGAUGGUGGCAGCAAGCUGAUUGGUUACUACAUGGAAUACGCCAAGGUCCCAGAAGAGAAGUGGACUCGCUGCAAUGCCAACUGCAUGAACAUCCAGAAUGAAAACUAUGUGGUUCAUGGACUGGAGGAGGGUCAGAAGUACCAGUUCAGGGUUAUUGCCAAGACUGCCAUCAACGUCAGCCUUCCUUCUGAGCUGUCAGACCCCAUCACUGUCAUAGCAGAGAAUGUUCCUCCUCGUGUAGAACUCGGCAUCAACAUGAAAAACCUUAUCGUGGUAAAGGCUGGAGAGAACAUCUUCUUAGAUGCAGAGGUGUUUGGUAAGCCACUGCCCAAGGUGAGCUGGAAGAAAGACGGUGCACCUCUAGUCCUGGCUGAGGGAAUGAAGGCAACUCAGAAGAAACAUGUUCAUCUGCUGGAGCUCUACUCCGUCACCAGAAAGGAGUCUGGAGACUACACCAUCACUGCUGAAAACCCCAAUGGCUCCAAAUAUGCUACCAUAAAGGUCAAGGUACUCGACAAACCUGGACCACCAGCCUCUGUGAAAAUCUCUAAAGUGUUUGCUGACCAUGUCAAGAUGCGAUGGGAGCCUCCGCUGGCAGAUGGAGGAUCUGAAAUUACAAACUACAUUAUUGAAAAGCGUGAAACCAGCAGGGCCAACUGGGCUCUGGUGACCUCCAACAUCCAUGGCCACAUCACUGACUGUUCAGUGGAGAAACUCAUCGAAGGUCAUGAAUACCAGUUCAGAGUCAGUGCUGAGAACCAGUAUGGUGUAGGAGACCCCACCAUGACGGAUGCUGUCACCGUCAAGAAUCCAUAUGAUGUUCCUGGACCAUGUGAGCCUCCCGUCAUCACCAACAUUACCAAAGACUCCAUGACAGUCAGCUGGAAAGCUCCGGCCAAUGAUGGCAAAGCUCCCAUCCUGGGCUACAUGGUGGAGAAACGUGAAGCCACCGAGCUGACCUGGGCAAAGGUCAACCGCCGACCAGUCAUCGACAGAACCAUCAAGGCCGCUCAGCUGACCGAGGGCUCUGAAUACGAGUUCAGAAUCAUCGCCUUGAACAAGGCUGGUCUGGGCAAACCCAGUGAUCCAUCCAAYGCUGUUCUGGCUGUUGACCCUGUCUAUCCUCCUGGUCCACCUGCAUUUCCCAAGGUAGUGGACUCAACCAAGAACUCAGUGAGUCUCAGCUGGACCAAACCAGCAUAUGAUGGUGGUUGUGAGAUCAUUGGAUAUCUGGUGGAGUACAAGCGAGCUGAUUCAGAGGGCUGGACUAACUGCAAUGUCCCAAAGAAACUCCAGGCCACUAAGUUUGUGUUAACUGGGCUGAUGGAAAACAUCGAGUACCAGUUCAGAGUCACUGCCCUCAACAAGAUCGGUUACAGUGAACCCAGUGAGGUUCCUGGAAACCACAUGGCCAAGGACAUCCUGAUUGCCCCUGAAGCUGAACUGGAUGCUGACCUGAGAAAGGCUCURGUUCUGCGAGCCGGUGUCACCAUGAGGCUCUACGUCCCACUGAGAGGACGACCCGCACCUAAAGUGACGUGGACGAAGGUGGACGCCAACCUGAAGGAAAGGCAGGGCAUUCUGAUCAAGACAUCGGACUGGGACACCCUACUGAUGGUCGAGGACGUAAACAGAUACGAUGCUGGCAAAUAUGUCCUUUCCUUGGAGAACAGCAGCGGAUCCAAGAGCUACACCAUCAUAGUGAAGGUCCUUGAUUCACCUGGACCACCUUUAAACCUGAUUGUGAAGGAGACCUCCAGAACCCAUGCCUGCAUCACUUGGGAUGCACCUCUAAUUGAUGGCGGCAGCCCUGUGAAAAGCUAUAUUGUAGAGAAACGUUUGGCUGAGAGAAAGGCAUGGACCUGUGUGUCAGCGGAGUGCCACAAGCCUUCAUUCAGGAUCACUAACCUGGAGCCAGGACAAGCCUACUGUUUCAGAGUGCUGGCUGAGAACGCCUAUGGCAUCGGAGAGGGCUGCGAGACUCAGGGCAGCGUCCGGGCAUCAGAACAACCUGGUCCAGUGAUGGACUUUAAAGCCCAGAAGACUACCAAGAAUUCCAUCACUCUGGGAUGGAAGAAGCCCAUCAGUGAUGGGGGAAGUUAUGUUACUUCGUACAUACUGGAGCAGAGCGAAGGUGAGGAAAAGUGGAUCCAGAUUAUGAAGGGCAAGAACAUGACCCACACCAUCAGUGAGCUGACAGAGGGCAAGGCAUAUCUAUUCAAAGUCAAGGCUCUCAACGAGUCUGGAGAGGGACCACCAACUGAGCUCACUGUUGUCGCCAAGGACCAGUUUGUGCUGCCUGACUGCAACUUGAGCAGCCUKCAGGACGGUUGCUGCGUGGUGAAGGAAGGCACCACCACACGUAUCAACAUUCCCCUCAUUGGAGUGCCCUGCCCUGUUGCCACCUGGAAGAAGGGUGACAUGGGGCUUGGCGAUACUGGCCAUAUCUGCAUCGAGGCUUCACCGGGUGUCACCACCCUGUUGAUCAGAGACUGUCAGAGAGGAGAUGCYGACACUUUCACUAUCAAUGUUAGAAACAGUGCUGGCUCCAAAGAUUGCAAGUUCCAGCUGAAGGUGGUCGGAAAGCCCGGCAUCUGCACCGCGCCCAUCAAGUUUGAUGAAAUUACCGCUGAUGGCAUUACCCUGGAAUGGGCACCACCUGCAGACGAUGGUGGUGCUGAGGUGUCCAAUUACAUUGUUGAGAAGAGGAGGACUACAGACAACAAGUGGGCCACAGUGGCUUCAGCCAUCCAGAAGACCACCAUGAGGGUGAUCAGACUCCACGAAGGAAUAGAAUACAUCUUUAGAGUUUGUGCAGAGAAUAAGUACGGGAUUGGAGAGUUUCUGAGGUCUGACCCAGUCAUUGCCCAGCAUCCAUUCAAUGUACCUGAGGCGCCUGCUCCACCUGAGAUUGUGAGCAUCCGCCAUGAGUCAGCCAUUCUGACAUGGGCUGAUCCAUUUGACAAUGGCGGCUCUCCAAUUACUGGAUAUCAUAUUGAGUUUAAGGAGAGGAACAGCCUGAUGUGGAAACGGGCCAGUAAGACUCCUCUCAGAGUAAAGGAAUGCAGAGUCACAGGUCUAAUAGAAGGACUAGAGUAUGAGUUUAGGGUGAUGGCCAUAAAUACGGCUGGCCUUGGAAAGGCAAGUAAGGUCACAGAAGCAGUGGUUGCCCUUGAUCCUGUUGAUCCACCUGGCAAACCUGAAGUGAUAAAUGUGACCAGGAACACAGUCACUUUGAUUUGGACUGCUCCCAAAUAUGAUGGUGGCUAUAAGCUGACUGGCUACAUGGUGGAGAAGCUACAGGCUGGUGGCAAGGCCUGGAUGAAAGCCAAUCAUGUCAACAUCCAGAGCUGUGCCUUCACUGUCCCCGACCUGACAGAGGGAUCUCAGUAUCAGUUCAGAAUCAGAGCCAGAAAUGCUGCAGGUGCUAUCAGCAUUCCCUCAGAAUCCACUGAGUCCUUGACCUGCAAGGAUGAGUACGAAGCCCCAUCUAUAACUCUUGACCAAGAAAUGAAGGAGGGUGUAUCAGUCAGGGCAGGAGACACAAUUGUGAUCUCAGCCUCUAAGAUUGUGGGUAAACCUCCACCAACUGCUGUCUGGUCCAAAGGAGGCCGUGAGAUCAAGAACUCUGACAUUGUCACUAUCACCAGCACCCCUACCUCUUCCACUCUGGCUAUUAAGUAUGCAAGUAGGAAGAACACAGGAGAUUACACCAUCACCGCUAGUAACCCUUUCGGUAUUAAAGAAGAACAUAUUAAAGUGAAAGUCCUAGACAUCCCUGGACCUCCAGGUCCCAUUGAAGUCAGUAGUAUUUCAGCUGAAAAGUGUACUCUGACUUGGCUUCCACCAGAGGAGGAUGGAGGAUGCUCAAUCAAGUCUUACAUUCUAGAGAAGAGAGAAACUAGCCGCCUGCAGUGGACCAAACUAGCUGAAAAUAUCAUGGACUGCAGACAUGUAGCACACAAACUGAUCAAAGGCAACGAGUACAUCUUCAGAGUGUCUGCUGUAAACCAGUAUGGCACAGGAGACUCUAGCCAGUCUGGUCCAGUCAAAAUGGAAGACAGUUUCCGUCCCCCGGGGCCACCUUCAGCCCCAGAGAUUGAUAAUGUCAGUAGGAAUGCUGUCACCAUUUCAUGGAAGAGACCAGUACAGGAUGGAGGAAGUGACAUUAGAGGUUACAGUGUAGAGAGAAAAGAAAGGAGAGGAAUGAGAUGGGUGAGAGCCUGUAAGAGGACAGUUCCUGACCUGCGAUUUAAGGUGCAAGGUCUAACUGAGGGAGUAGAGUAUGAGUUUAGAGUCACAGCUGAGAAUAAGGCUGGAUUUGGAGAGCCAAGUGAGCCAUCACGCCCUGUGUUGACUAAGGAUAUUGUUUAUCCACCUGGUCCUCCAUCCAAUCCCAGAAUUGCAGAGACCACUAAAACCACAGCAACCUUUGCUUGGGGCCGACCUCACUAUGAUGGUGGUCUUGAAGUGGAAGGAUACAUCGUUGAGUAUAAAAAGGAAGGACAUGAUGACUGGGAGACAGAGACACAGUACCCAGUGAAAAUUACUGAAUAUGUUAUUGGUAAACUCCAAAAAGGAGGUAAAUACCACUUCAGAGUUAGUGCUGUGAACUCUGAGGGAGUAGGUGAGCCUGCAGAGGUCGAAAAAGUUACUGAACUGGUGGACCAAGAAUCACUGCCAGACUUUGAACUGGAUGCUGAACUCAGGAAAACUUUGGUGGUCAGGUGCCGUGCUUCGAUUCGUAUAUUUGUUCCCAUCAGGGGUCGCCCUGUUCCUGAAGUCACUUGGAGCAAAGAGAAUACCAACUUAAAAACACGUGCACACAUAGACACAACAGAGUCCUACACUCUGCUUGUUAUUCCUGACUGCACUAGAUAUGAUGCUGGAAAGUAUCAGCUCUGUCUAGAGAAUGUCGCUGGUAAAAAGACUGGCUUUGUUAAUGUGAAAGUUCUGGACACUCCAGGACCACCAGUAAACCUCAAACCAAGGGAGAUCACAAAGAACAGCAUAACACUCCAGUGGGAAAUUCCCAUAAUUGAUGGAGGUUCCAAGAUUCAUAACUACAUUAUUGAAAGAAGAGAUGCGACCAAGAAGGCCUACACAGUGCUGAGCACCACAUGGCAAAAGUGCUCCUUUAAAUUCCAAGACCUUGAGGAAGGGGCUUAUUACUACUUCCGUGUGUCUGCUGAAAAUGAUCUAGGUGUGGGUGAGCCUGCUGAAACCCCUGAGCCAAUCAGGGUGUCUCAGGCCCCCUCUGCACCAGAGAACUUGUAUGUCACUGAUGUGACUUCUGAGAGUGCUAGUCUUGCGUGGACUAAACCCCUGCAUGAUGGUGGUAGCUUGAUUACUGGAUAUGUCAUUGAAGCUCAGAGGAAGGACACUGAUCAGUGGGUCCACAUGACCACCAUCAAGGCUCUAGAUUACACUGUUACAGAUCUGGUUGAGGGUGCUGAAUACACUUUCCGUAUAAUGGCUGUGAAUGCAUCAGGCAGAAGUGAUCCCCGUGAAAGCAGACCUGCAAUAAUCAAAGAGCACACCUUUGCUCCAUCGUUUGACCUGAGAGGRGUCUACCAGAAGACUGUGAUUGUCAAAGCAGGGGAUCGUGUGAAGGUAGAGAUUCCAGUGCUGGGAAAACCCAGGCCUGUGGUGUCCUGGAAAAAGGGAGACUUUGUGUUCAAGGAGACACAAAGAAUGAACAUUGAAACAACAUUAACAUCAACUAUCCUCAAUAUCAAUGAGACCAGAAGGACUGAUGGAGGCCAGUACUCCAUGACAGGAAAGAACAUGCUUGGUACAGUGACAGAGACAAUCACCCUCCUGGUCCAUGAUAUUCCAGGUCCUCCCAGCGGUCCUAUUAAACUGGAUGAGGUCUCAUGUGAUUAUGUCAUUCUCUCCUGGGAAGCUCCAGAGAAUGAUGGAGGUGUUCCUAUCAACAACUACAUUGUUGAGAUGCGGGAGACUACUGGCACUUCAUGGGUGGAGUUGGCGGCAACCGUUAUCCGCACUACAUUCAAAGCAGCCAGACUCACUACUGGUACUCAGUAUCAGUUCCGUGUCAAGGCUCAAAACAGGUAUGGCAUUGGACCUUGCAUUCUCUCUGAGCCAGUGUUGGCUGCCUAUCCAUUUGAUGUGCCAAGCCAGCCUGGCAUUCCAGUGGUAACAUCGUUUAACAAGGAUUCUAUGAAUCUUAGUUGGAAUGAGCCAGGCUCUGAUGGAGGCAGUCCUAUUCUAGGCUAUCACGUGGACAGGAAAGAGAAGAAUAGCAUUCUGUGGCAGAGGAUCAACAAAGCUCUCGUCAUUGGAAACAUGUUCAAAUCAACAGGCCUUGUUGACGGCAUUGCAUAUGAACAUCGUGUUAUUGCAGAAAACAUGGCUGGUCUCAGCAAACCUAGCAAACCUUCUGARGCUAUGUAUGCUUUGGACCCAGUCGAAGUGCCAGGUAGACCUGUGGCACUGAAUGUUACCAGACAUGAAGUGACUCUGUCGUGGACCAAACCAGAAGGUGAUGGUGGAUUCUCCAUUACUGGAUACACAGUGGAGAGGAGAGAGAUGCCCAAUGGGCGCUGGCUCAAAGCAAACUUCAACAACAUUCUAGAAACCAUCUAUACAGUUAGUGGUCUGACUGAAGAUGCAAUCUAUGAAUUCCGAGUGUUUGCUCGAAAUUCAGCUGGUGCUGUCAGUGCUCCAUCUCAGCCAUCUGAGGCAAUAACAUGCAGAGAUGACAUUCAAGAGCCCAGGCUUGAUGUGGAUAUAUCAUAUAGUAGCAUUGUUGUGGUCAUGGCAGGAGAGCCAUUUAAGCUGGAAGCCAGUGUGACUGGCAGGCCAUUACCUUCUUUAGUAUGGACCAAGGAAGGAAAAGAGCUGGAGGAUACAGGCAAAAUAGAAAUAAAGACAACUGACUUUCAUACAACACUAAUCAACAAGGAUUCACUCAGGAGGGAUGGUGGUGCUUUCACCCUGACUGCCAGCAAUCCUGGUGGCUUUGCCAAAUUCACAUUCAAUGUUAAAGUUCUCGACAGACCUGGACCACCAGAUUCCCUAAGUGUUACAGAUGUCACUGCAGAGAAAUGUGUGCUUAACUGGCUGCAUCCAACACAUGAUGGUGGUGCCAAGAUUGAGUACUUCAUCAUCCAGAGGCGUGAGACCAGUAGGCUGGCAUGGACAAAUGUGGCAACAGACCUUCAAGCAAACAGGUUUAAAGUCACCAAGCUUCUUAAGGGCAAUGAGUACAUUUUCAGGGUCAUGGCUGUUAACAAGUAUGGUGUGGGUGAACCUCUAGAGUCUGAACCAAUCAUUUGUGCAAACCCAUAUGGUCCUAGUGAUCCACCAACUCAGCCAGAAGUCACCACAAUUACCAAAGACUCUAUGGUUGUCUGCUGGGAGCGUCCUGAACAUGAUGGAGGCAGCAGAAUCAACACAUACAUAAUAGAAAGACGGGAUAAGACUGGCCUACGCUGGGUGAAAUGCAACAAGAGAACUGUAACUGACUUGCGAUUCAAGGUCUCUGGUCUUACACUAGGACAUGAAUAUGAAUUCAGAGUUUUUGCUGAAAAUAAUGCUGGUCUAAGCCAGCCAAGUCCUUCCAGUCCAUACUACAAAGCAGUAGACACCAUCUUCCAGCCUGGACCUCCAGGAAAUCCAAGACUUUUGGACACAACAAAAUCUUCUAUUACUGUUGCCUGGAACAAACCUGUUUAUGAUGGUGGUUCUGAAAUAACUGGUUACAUUGUGGAAACCUGCCUGCCUGAAGAGGAUGAGUGGACAAUCCAUACUCCUAAGAAGGGAUGGACAGCCACUUCCUUCACCAUCACUAAUUUGAAGGAAAACCAGGAGUAUAAAAUCAAUAUCUGUGCCACUAAUAGUGAAGGAGUAGGAGAGCCUGCUGCUGUUCCUGGAACCCCUAAGGCUGAAGACAGACUGCUUCCUCCAGAAAUUGAACUUGGAGCAGAACUGCGCAAAGUAGUCUGCAUCAGAGCCUGCAGUACACUUAGAUUAUUUGUCCCCAUCAAGGGCAGACCAGCACCUGAAGUAAAAUGGUCAAGAGAGCAUGGAGAAUCUUUAGACAGAGCCAACAUUGAAAUCACUUCAUCAUUCACAACUCUUCAGAUAGAUAAUGUUGACAGAUUUGAUGGAGGUAAAUACUUGGUGACAGUAGAAAAUGCAUCAGGAAGUAAGACAGCCUUUGUUAAUGUCCGAGUACUAGAUACUCCUGGAGCACCCCAGAAUCUGAUUGUUAAAGAGGUCACUAGAAACUCUGUUUCCCUGGUUUGGGAUGCACCUCUCAUAGAUGGGGGCUCCAGAAUCCGCAGCUACAUUGUUGAGAAACGUGAGUCAACCAGGAAAGCCUACUCAACUGUUUGUGCCAGUUGCCAUAAGUCUAGUUGGAAGGUUGGAGACCUGGAAGAAGGAAAAUUAUACUUCUUUAGAAUCCUGGCUGAAAAUGAGUUUGGUAUUGGUCUUCCAGUAGAGACUCUUGAACCAAUUAAAGCAUCAGAGAAGCCUCUACCACCAGGCAAAGUAUCCCUCCGUGAAGUAACCGGCAAUAGUGUCACACUAACUUGGGAAAAACCAGACCAUGAUGGUGGAAGCAGAAUAACAGGCUACAAUGUUGAGAUGCAGAGAAAAGGAAGUGAGAAAUGGUCUCAAGUCAUGGUGGUAAAAACCAAUGAAGCUCAGGUUACUGGACUUACACAGGGAGAGGAGUACAUGUUCCGUAUUUCAGCCACCAAUGAGAAGGGUGUUAGUGAUCCACGUCCUCUCAGUGUGCCUGUAGUGGCUAAAGAUCUGAUAAUUCCACCAACAUUCAAGUUGAUUUUCAGUACAUUUAGUGCAAUGGCAGGAGAUGACCUUAAGAUUGAUGUUCCAUAUGUUGCCUGCCCCAAGGCUACAGCAACUUGGCUGAAAGAUGGUGCUGUUCUCAAGGAGACAAUCAGGGUUAAUGCUGAAGCCACAGACAAUAAUCUUCGUCUUGUCAUUAAGGAGGCUUGCAGAGAUGAUGUAGGCACAUAUACUAUAAAACUUAUCAACACAGCUGGAGAGGCAACAGCAGAUAUCAGUGUUAUUGUCUUAGAUAAACCUGGUCCUCCAACUGGCCCAAUCAAGUUGGAUGAAGUCACUGCUGACAGUGUGGUCUUGUCAUGGAAUCCACCACUGUAUGAAGGUGGUUGUGCAAUCAAUAACUACAUUGUAGAGAAGAGAGACACGUCAACUACAAACUGGCAGAUUGUGUCUGCUACAGUGGCCAGAACGACUAUCAAGGCAGCCCGUUUGAAGACUGGAUUAGAGUACCAAUUUAGAGUUGCUGCAGAAAAUAGAUAUGGCAAGUCUUCAUUCCUGCUCUCUGAAAACAUUGUUGCUCAGUAUCCUUUUGAGGUGCCCAGUUCACCACGUUCUGUUGUGGUUCAGUCAGUUACCAAGGAGAGCAUGGUUGUAGUAUGGGAGAARCCUAGCAAUGAUGGUGGAAGCAAAAUUCUGGGCUACCAUUUAGAACUUAAAGAGAAAAACAGUAUUCUGUGGGUGAAACAGAACAAACAACUCAUCCCAGAGACCAGAUUCAAGGUUGUUGGUCUAGAGGAGGGUAUUGAAUAUGAGUUUAGAGUCUAUUCUGAAAAUAUUGUUGGCCUUAGCAAAGCCAGCAAAGUGAGUGAAAUACAAGUGGCAAGGGAUCCUUGUGACAGACCAGGAAAACCAGAAGCUGUCAUUGUAACAAGAAGCCAUGUGACACUGAGAUGGACCAAACCUGAGUAUGAUGCCGGUAUCAAGAUCACAGGUUAUGUGGUUGAGAAAAAAGAGGGAGGUGGCCGUUGGAUGAAGGCCAGUUUUGCCAAUGUUAUUGACACUGAAUUUGUUGUCACGGGACUCACUGAAGAUCAGACUUAUGAAUUCCGUGUCAUUGCCAGAAAUGCAGCUGGUGUUUUCAGUCAACCAUCUGAUUCUACUGGAACCAUCACUGCUAAGGAUGAGGUUGAUCCUCCGAGAGUUGACUUGGAGACUAAGUACUCCCAGGUUGUGGUUGUAAAUGCUGGAGAGACAUUUAGACUUGAAGCAGGAAUUUAUGGUAAACCUGUACCCACUGUACACUGGCUGAAAGAGGGCAAAGAGAUUUCAGAAGCAGCUCGUUUAGAGAUUCACAAUACAGACUUUACAGCUUGUAUAAUUGUUAAGGAAGCCAUUCGUGUUGAUGGAGGUCAGUACACCUUGUUGGUAAAGAAUGUUGGAGGAGAGAAAACUGUUAACAUUAAUGUCAAGGUCUUGGACAGACCAGGUCCACCUGAGGGCCCUAUCUCUAUCUAUGGGGUCACCAAUGAGAAAUGCUCAAUUUCAUGGAAACCUCCCUUGCAAGAUGGAGGUAGUGAUGUUUCCCAUUACAUUGUUGAGAGGAGAGAAACCAGCAGACUUGUGUGGACUGUAGUUGAACAAAAAGUUCAGACUCUGAAUCUGAAAAUUACCAAACUUCUUCCUGGUAAUGAGUACAUAUUCAGAGUAAUCCCAGUCAAUAAAUAUGGUGUUGGUGAACCUUUGGAAUCUGAACCAAUGAUAGCUAAAAACCCAUUUGUUGCUCCAAGCCCACCAACAGAAGUAGAAGUCUCCACAAUUACUAAGGACUCCAUGGUGGUGACUUGGGAAAGACCUGUUAAUGAUGGUGGUAAUCCCAUCCAAGGUUAUGUUGUUGAGAAACGUGACAAGGAUGGUGUGAGAUGGACUAGAUGCAACAAGCGCAAUGUAACCGAGCUACGCUUUAGAGUGACAGGACUCAUUGAAAAUCAUAGCUAUGAAUUCAGAGUUUCUGCUGAGAACGCUGCAGGAGUUGGCACACCAAGCACACCAACAGUGUACUACAAAGCACUGGAUCCUAUUUUCGAACCAGGCCCACCAAACAACCCUAGGGUGGUAGACACCUCUAGGUCCACCGUGUCACUUAYGUGGGGCAAGCCCAUUUAUGAUGGCGGCUGUGAAAUUAAGGCUUACAUUGUUGAAGCAUGUGAUGUAGCAGCUGAUGAGUGGUUUAUGUGCACUCCACCCACUGGAAUAAUAGAUACUAAAUUCACAGUGAAAAAGCUCCUGGAGAAGCAUGAAUACCAGUUCAGAGUUUGUGCAAUCAACAAAGUUGGUAUUGGUGAACAUGCUGAUGUGCCUGGAAAAAUUCUCCUGGAGGAGAAGCUUGAGGCUCCGGACCUUGACUUAGAUGCUGACAUGAGAAAAACUAUCAACAUCAGAGCAGCAGGCACUUUAAGGCUGUUUGUACCUUUAAGAGGUCGUCCAACUCCUGAGGUKAAAUGGGGCAAGGCUGAUGGAGAGAUUAAGGAAACUGCUUUAAUUGAUAAUACAGGAAGCUAUGCUUCACUUGUCAUUGAGAAUGUUGACAGAUUUGACAGUGGCAAAUACACCUUAACUGCAGAAAAUGCUAGUGGAGCUAAAUCAGCUUUCAUCAGCGUUAGAGUCCUGGAUUCCCCUAGUCCACCCACUAACUUAACAGUUAAAGAGAUCACAAGAAACUCUGUCUCGCUUUCAUGGGAGCCUCCACUUUUGGAUGGUGGCUCAAAGAUUAAGCAUUACAUUGUUGAAAAACGUGAAAGCACCAGAAAAGUGUACACUACCAUUACCACCUGCAACAAGAUGUCAUGGAAAGUUGAGUCUCUUCCAGAGGGUGGAAUCUUCUUCUUCAGAGUCCUAGCUGAGAAUGAAUAUGGUGUGGGUCUGCAAGCUAAAACUAUUGAGCCAAUUAAAAUAUCAGAGAAGCCUCAGCCACCUGGUAAGGUUAGUGUUGUUGAUGUCACUAACAGCACCGUUACUCUAACUUGGGAGAAAUCUCAAUAUGAUGGUGGCAGUAGAAUCAGUCAUUAUGAAGUUGAAAUUGCUCCUAAGGGUAGUGAGACCUGGUCUUUGUGUGCUAGUGUGAAAGGUGUGGAGACAGUAGUAAGUAACCUUCUCAAAGGAGAGGAAUAUCAGUUCAGGGUUAUUGCUGUUAAUGAAAAGGGUAAAAGUGACCCGAGACAACUUGUCCAAUCAGUUGUAGCAAAGGAUCUUGUCAUUGAACCUUCUGUUAGACCCAAAGUGAGUUCCUACAGUGUUCAGGUGGGGUAUGAUCUUAAGAUAGAGGUUCCAAUUGCUGGUCAUCCAAAACCAACCAUUACCUGGACCAAGGAUGGAGUGGCCCUUAAGCAGACCACCAGAGUCAAUGUCACUGAUUCAGCACAUCAGACAACUCUAACCAUUAAAGAUGCUACUAGAGAGGAUGGCGGUAUGUACACCAUCAAUAUUGCCAAUUCCCUGGGUUCCAAGGAUGCCACUAUUGAGGUGAUCACUCUGGAUAAACCAGGCCCACCAACAGGCCCUGUCAAGAUUGAAGAUAUCAGUGCUGAGAGUAUGACUCUUAGCUGGGAAGCACCCACAUAUACAGGUGGCUGUCCAAUCUCUAACUAUGUAGUGGAGAAGCGAGACACAACUACAACUAACUGGGUUGUUGUAUCUGCCACUGUGGCCAGAACCACAUUAAAAGUAACCAAUCUGAAGACAGGCGCUGAAUACCAAUUCAGAAUCUUUGCUGAGAAUAGAUAUGGAAAGAGUUAUGCAAUUGAUUCACAGCCUGUUGUGGCACAGUAUCCAUUCCAGGAACCUGGUCCUCCAGGGACACCAUUUGUGUCCUCCUACACUAAAGAUUAUAUGGUGGUUGAGUGGCAUAAACCUCCAUCUGAUGGAGGCAGUGCCAUUUUGGGCUAUCAUUUAGAGAGGAAAGAGAAGAAUAGUAUACUGUGGACCAAGAUCAACAAAAUGCUCAUCCAAGACUGCAAAUUCAAGUCCACUCCACUGGAGGAAGGCAUUGAGUAUGAGUACAGAGUAUAUGCUGAAAACAUAGUUGGUAUUGGAAAAUGCAGCAAARUUUCUGAAGUUUAUGUUGCCCGUGACCCAUGUGAUCCACCUGGCCGUCCUGAGGCUGUGAUUGUGACUAGGCACUCAGUGAAGCUGAGGUGGUCACCUCCACAAUAUGAUGGUGGAAGCCUUGUAACUGGCUAUGUAGUAGAGAAGCGUGACCUUCCAGAGGGCAAAUGGAUGAAGGCAAGCUUUGCAAACGUUAUUGAACAAGAAUUUACAGUUACUGGACUUACAGAGGACAGUAAAUACGAUUUCAGAGUGAUUGCAAGGAAUGCAGCUGGUGCUGUCAGUAAGCCUUCUGAGUCAACAGGAUCCAUAACAGCCAAGGAUGAAGUUGAGCCACCUAAGUGUGAAACUGAUCCUAUGUACAAUCAGACCAUUGUUAUUAAUGCUGGAGAAACAUUCAAUCUGGAAGCCAGUGUGGAAGGAAAACCAAUCCCAACAGCUCAGUGGUUUAAGGGAAGUGUUGAAGUUGAAAACUCUGCAAGAAUUGAAAUUAAAAACUUAGAUUUUAAAGCUUUACUUGUUGUGAAAGAUGCCAUCAGAGUGGAUGGUGGACAGUACACUCUGGUUCUGACCAAUGUUGCUGGAACGAAGACGGUCCCAUUUAGUGUGAAAGUUCUGGAUAGACCAGGCCCAUCAGAGGGACCACUUACAAUCACCAAUGUUACUGAGGAGAAAUGUUCACUGUCAUGGCUACCACCUAGGCAUGAUGGAGGUGCUAGCAUUUCUCACUAUAUAAUUCAAAAGAGAGAAACCAGUCGCUUGGCAUGGACUGUGGUCUCCAGUGAUUGUGGAGCUACAAUGUUCAAGGUUACGAAACUACUGAAAGGCAAUGAGUACAUAUUCAGAGUUUUGGCUGUCAACAAAUAUGGAGUGGGUGAACCUCUUGAAUCAGAACCAGUUAUCAUGAGAAAUCCAUUUGUUCCUCCUGGCUCACCUCAUGAACUUGAGAUCACUAACAUUACCAGGGAUUCCAUGACUGUCUGUUGGAACCGCCCUAAAACCACAGGAGGAAGUGAUAUUGGUGGGUACAUUGUUGAAAAGAGGGACAGAGCUGGAGUGAGAUGGACCAAAUGCAAUAAACGCAGAGUGACUGACUUGCGUUUUAGAGUAACAGGACUCACUGAGGGCCAUGAUUAUGAGUUCAGGGUAUCUGCUGAGAAUGCAGCUGGAGUAGGUCAGCCAAGCCCACCUACACCCUACCUCAAAGCCUGUGAUCCCACCUUUGAACCAGGCUGUCCUACCAAUGCCCAUGUGGUUGACACUACAAAAGACUCCAUCAGUCUAGCUUGGCAUAGGCCUAUAUAUGAUGGUGGUUGUGMGAUUCAAGGAUAUGCUGUGGAAAUUACCAAGGCUGAUGAGGAGGAAUGGACUAUAUGCACACCACCUACUGGUGUAAACAAUACUAAGUUCACCAUCAAACGUUUGACAGAACAUCAGGAAUACAAAGUGCGUAUUUGUGCAAUCAAUAAGGAAGGUGUUGGUGAACCCACAGAAAUACAGGGAGUUGUGAUACCCAUGGAUAAAGUUGACCCACCAGAAGUGAUCCUGAACUCUGAGCUCAGGAAGGGACUAGUUGUUCGUGCAGGAGGCUCAAUGAGAAUCUGCAUUCCUUUCAAGGGUCGUCCUGUUCCUGAAGUAAGCUGGGCUAAGGAGGAUGGUGUGCUGCCCACUAAAGUUCAGAUUGAGACGAGUGAUGAUUACACACAGCUUUCCAUUGACAUAUGUGACAAAUAUGAUGCAGGAAAAUACAUCCUCAACUUAGAAAAUAGUGCUGGCAGCAAAUCAGCUUUUGUCUCUGUUAAGGUUCUGGACACUCCAGGUGCUCCUUUAAAUCUAACAGUGAAAGACAUAAAGAGGGAGAGUGUCACACUGACCUGGGAACCUCCUAUUAUUGAUGGUGGAUCAAGAAUAAAGAAUUAUCUGGUUGAAAAGCGUGAGUCCACAAGGAACGUGUAUUCUAAUGUAGACAACAAAUGCACAAAGACAAGCUACCGUGUCACUGGGCUCACAGAGGGAACAAUCUACUAUUUCAGAAUCUUGGCUGAAAAUGAAUUUGGUGUUGGACAGGCAAUUGAGACAGAAGAAUCAGUCAAAACAUCUGAGCCACCUCUGCCUGUGGGUAAGGUUAAUCUGACUGAAGUCACUAAAACUACUGCUUCACUCUCCUGGGAGAAACCUGUCCAUGAUGGAGGCAGCAGGAUCAUUGGCUACAACAUUGAGAUGCAGCCUGUGGGCUCAGAAGAAUGGGUUGUAGCUACAACAACCAAAACUUGUGAGGGCACCGUCACAGGCCUCAGUGCAGGACAUGAGUACUUGUUUAGAGUGUCAGCUUUCAAUGAGAAAGGCAAGAGUGACCCCAGACCUCUGGCUUCACCAGUUACUGCUAAAGAUAUAACGGUUGAGCCUAAAUUUAAGAUCAAAUUCACUACUUACAGUUUACAGCAAGGUGAAGAUCUAAAAGUUGAGAUUCCGGUAUUGGGUCGCCCAAUUCCCAAGGUUGAAUGGAAAAAGGAGGGACAAGCUCUAAAGGAGACAACAAGACUAAAUGUAUCCAGCACACCAUCGUCCACUAAGCUGGUCAUUAAGGAUGCAAAUAAAGAUGAUUCUGGUAAAUACACAAUCACAGCCACAAGCAGCAUUGGAACAACUACAGAAGAGAUUACUGUCAUUGUUCUUGACAAGCCAGGACCGCCCACAGGGCCUGUGAAAAUUGAUGAGGUGAGCUCUAAUUAUGUUACUCUCUCCUGGGAGCCACCGGAGUACACUGGAGGCUGUCAGAUUAACAACUACAUUGUAGAGAAGAGAGAUACGACCACCACAGCAUGGCAGAUUGUGUCAGCUACAAUUGCCAGGACAACCAUCAAAGUCACCAAUUUGAAAACUGGUGUUGAAUAUCAGUUCAGAGUUUCAGCUGAGAAUAGAUAUGGAAAGAGUUCUGCUAUUGUCUCUCCUGCUGUUGUUGCCAAGUAUCCAUUUAGUGAGCCUGCUGCCCCAGGAACACCAAUUACAACAGCUGCAACCAAGGAUAGCAUGGUUGUUGAAUGGAAACCCCCCACCAACAAUGGAGGCAGUCCAAUUAUUGGGUAUCAUCUGGAGAGAAAGGAAAAGAAUAGCCUUUUGUGGACAAAACUCAACAAACUUCUGAUUCCAGAGACACGAUUCAAAACUACAGACUUGGAAGAAGGUAUUGAAUAUGAAUUUAGAGUUUAUGCUGAGAACAUUGCUGGUAUUAGCCCAGCUAGCAAGGUCUCUGAGAGCACAGUAGCUAGAGACCCAUGUGACCCACCAGGCACUCCUGAGGCCAUUGAAAUCACCAGAAACCACGUUACACUUCAGUGGACCAGACCUCAGUACGAUGGAGGCAGUGCUAUCACUGGCUAUGUAAUUGAAAGGAGAAAACACCCAGAUACUCGUUGGAUGAAGGCCAGCUUUACCAACAUUAUCGAUACUCAGUUCACAAUCACUGGUCUCACAGAAGACUGUGUUUAUGAAUAUAGAAUCAUUGCCAAAAAUUCUGCUGGCAUUUCAAGUCRCCCAUCGGGGAGCACAGGAGAAAUUACAGCCAAAGAUGCAAUUGAAGCUCCAGAUGCUGCUUUGGAUUCUAAAUUCAAAGAUCUGACAGUCGUUCAUGCUGGUGAGUCAUUUGUCAUUGAUGCUGACUACACUGGAAAACCUCUGCCUGAGAUCACAUGGCUGAAGGAUGGAAAAGAAAUUGACAAAACCACACCAAGAAUGGAAAUAAAGACCACACUUACCCGUACCACCCUGACUGUUAAGGACUGUAUCAGAGUGGAUGGUGGUCACUUUGUCCUCAAACUUGUGAAUGUGGGUGGAAUCAAAAUGAUUCCUGUUAAUGUCAAGGUUCUGGAUAGACCUGGUCCACCAGAUGGACCAUUAGAAGUCAAAGGAGUUACAGCUGAAAAAUGUUAUCUGCAUUGGAGCCACCCUACUCAUGAUGGUGGUGCUGGAAUUUCUCACUAUAUCAUUGAGAAGAGGGAGACAAGUCGUUUGUCUUGGACUGUGGUUGAGCCCAAGAUUCAGGCUAUCAGUUACAAAGUUACAAAACUACUCCCUGGAAAUGAGUACAUCUUCAGAGUCACUGCUGUGAAUAAAUAUGGUGUUGGUGAGCCUUUAGAAUCAGAGCCUGUAAUUGCUCGUAAUCCCUUCACCACUCCCAGUGCCCCCUCCACUCCCGAGGCUAGUGCUAUUACUAGGGAUUCUAUGGUGCUUACCUGGGAGAGGCCUGAGAAUAAUGGAGGAGCUGAGAUUGAAGGAUAUGUACUUGAAAAACGUGAUAAGGAUGGUGUCAGAUGGACCAAGUGCAACAAGAAGAGGCUGACUGACCUGAGAUUCAGGUGCUCUGGUCUCACAGAAGGCCACUGGUAUGAAUUCAGGGUGUCAGCUGAAAAUGCUGCUGGUGUUGGAAAGCCUAGCACACCAACACAGUACGUCAAGGCAUGUGAUGCUAUUUACCCACCAGGUCCUCCAAAUAACCCCAAAGUUACAGAUCAUUCAAGCACCACAGUCUCUCUUACCUGGUCCAGGCCUAUCUAUGAUGGUGGGGCAAAGAUUACUGGAUAUGUCGUUGAAAAGAAGGAAGCAGGAGAUGAUGAAUGGUUUGUCUGCACACCACAUACUGGUGUCCAAGAAACUCACUAUACUGUAAAGACACUAAAAGAAAAUGCAGAGUACAACUUCCGUAUCUGUGCCGUUAACUGUGAAGGUGUAGGGGAUCAYGUGGACCUACCUGUGUCUGUGAUUGCUGCAGAGAAAUUCGAGGCUCCUGAAAUUGAACUAGAUGCUGACUUAAGAAAGAUGGUCAAUGUUCGUGCCACUGCCACGCUGCGUCUUUUUGUGACGAUCAGAGGAAAGCCUGAGCCUGAGGUCAAAUGGUCAAAGGCUGAUGGCCCUCUGAAUGAACGUGCACAGAUUGAAGUCACAAGCUCUUACACAAUGCUGGUGAUUGAAAACGUUGACAGAUUUGACACUGGCAAAUACACACUGACCCUUGAAAACCUUAGUGGCUCUAAAUCAGCCUUUAUCAAUGUCCGAGUUCUGGACUCCCCCAGUGCACCUACUAACCUACAGGUUAAGGACGUAAAAACACGUUCCGUAUCUCUUUCCUGGGAGCCGCCUCUUAUUGAUGGUGGGGCUAAGAUAUCUCAUUAUAUUGUGGAGAAGAGAGAGCAAAAAAGAAUGGCAUUCACUAGUGUUAGCACCAACUGUGUGAGGAACUCCUUCCUUGUUUCAGACCUGCAAGAGGGAGGAAGAUACUUUUUCCGUGUGCUGGCUGUGAAUGAGCUAGGAGUAGGUCUACCUGCUUUCACAGAUCAAGUCAAGGUAUCACAGGUUCCUUUGCCUCCUGGUAAGAUUGUUGUAGUUGAUGUGACCCGUCAUACUGUCACUCUUUCAUGGGAGAAACCUGAUCAUGAUGGAGGCAGCAAAAUCACGGCUUAUAUUGUGGAGAUGCAGCCCAAAGGAGAUGAUAAAUGGACAGUGUGCAGUGAAGCCAAAGCACUGGAAGCUACCAUUGAUGGGCUCACUACUGGUGAGGAAUACUCCUUCAGAGUGAUUGCUGUGAAUGAUAAGGGUAGGAGUGAUGCCAAACCUUUGGCUACCCCCGUUGUAGUAAAAGACAUCACAGGGGAGCCCAUAAUCAACCUGCUGUUCAACACAUACAGUGUAAAAGCAGGAGACGACUUGAAGAUUGAUGUUCCCUUCAGAGGACGGCCUCAACCUGAGGUGUCCUGGAAAAAGGAUGGUCAAAUGCUAAAGCAGACAACCAGGGUAAAUGUUGUGAAUUCCAACACCUCAUCUAAGAUUGUCAUCAAGGAUUCUACCAAAGAGGAUGUUGGAAAAUAUGAGAUUACACUGACUAAUUCAGUUGGCACCAAGACAGCUGAAAUCUCAGUUAUCAUCCUGGACAAACCUGGGCCACCCAGCAGCAUUAGGGUAGAUGAGGUCAGCGCUGACUUUGUCUCUCUGUCCUGGGAUCCUCCAACUUAUGAUGGUGGAUGCCAGAUUAACAACUAUGUUGUGGAGAAAAGAGACACUACCUCUACCACAUGGCAAAUUGUCUCAGCCACAGUUGCAAGGACAUCAAUAAAGGUUUCACGACUCAACCAGGGCACAGAAUACCAGUUCCGCAUUGCAGCUGAGAAUCGUUAUGGCAAGAGUUCUGCUACAGACUCUGCUCCAGUUAUUGCCCAGUAUCCAUUUGAACCUCCUGGCCCACCAACCAACCUUCAUGUUGCCCAUGCCACCAAGACUGGUAUGUUGGUAUUAUGGGGCAGACCUUCCAGUGAUGGUGGAAGCCCUGUUAUUGGUUAUCACAUUGAAUGCAAAGAACAAAGCAGCAUUUUGUGGACCAAAGUCAACAGAGGAUUGCUGGCUGAAAACCAGUUCAAGAUGACCGGCAUUGAGGAAGGGCUGUUGUAUCAGUUUAGAGUCUAUGCUGAAAAUAUAGCUGGCAUUGGUCCAUGCAGUAAAUCCAGUGAUCCUGUUGCAGCUAGGGAUCCUUGUGAAUCUCCACAUAACCUAACAGUCACAAACAUCACCAGAAACUCAGUYUCCCUCUUCUGGAAUGCACCUGAAUAUGAUGGUGGAGUGAAAAUUACUGGAUAUAUUGUAGAGCGCAAAGAACUUCCCAAAGGUCGCUGGCUGAAAUGCAACUUCACCAAUGUGCAGGACACCUACUUUGAUGUUACAGGUCUCACAGAAGAUGUCCAGUAUGACUUCCAUGUUAUUGCAAAGAACUCAGCAGAGAUGCUGAGUGCUCCUUCAGAGAGCACAGGUCCCGUUACUGUGAAAGAUGAUGUAGACCCCCCAACCAUUAUCAUGGAGGAUAAAUUUAGACAGUUGGUUGUCAUUAAAGCUGGGGAGAUAAUUAAGAUAGAUGCUGAAAUCACAGGACGUCCACUUCCUGUGCUUUCCUGGUCUAAGGAYGGAAAGGAGAUUGAGGCCAAGGCCAGGUGUGAAAUCACCUCCACCAAYUUUACAACCACCCUCAUUGUCAGAGAUGCUAUAAGAAAGGACUCUGGCCAGUAUGUCCUGACUCUKCACAAUGUAGCUGGUACAAGGUCUGUGGCUGUCAACUGUAAGGUUCUAGACAGGCCUGGACCCGCCUCAGGACCUCUGGCAGUUUCUGGCAUUACAGCAGAGAAAUGCACUCUAACAUGGGGACCUCCUCAAGAGAAUGGUGGUGCUGAAAUCAUGCAUUACAUUGUGGAGAAACGGGAGACAAGUCGCCUUGCCUGGACCCUGGUCUAUGGUGAUAUGAAGGCAACUACUUGCAAAGUUACUAAGCUGCUCAAAGGAAAUGAGUAUAUCUUCAGAGUCAGGGGAGUAAACAAAUAUGGAGAUGGAGAAGCACUGGAAAGUGAGGCAACAAAGGCAAUGGAUCCAUUCACUGUGCCUGCAGCCCCCACCAAUGUCGAGGUCACAUCAAUUACUAGUGAGGCAAUGACAAUCUGCUGGGAAAGACCAGUUUCUGAUGGUGGCAGUAGUAUCUCUGGCUAUGUAAUUGAGAAGCGGGAGAAGACUGGCCUCCGUUGGUGCCGUGUCAACAAAAAACCUGUGUAUGACCUCAGAGUCAAAGCCUCCAACCUCCGUGAUGGCUGUGAAUAUGAAUACAGAGUGUUUGCAGAGAAUUCUGCUGGCCUCAGUGCUCCCAGCAUCCCUUGUCCACUUACUAAGGCUGAAGACCCACAGUUCCUGCCUUCACCUCCUCCUAAACCUAAAAUUAUUGACUCUACGAAGACUACAGCGACACUGACUUGGAGUAAGCCACUAUUUGAUGGUGGAGCACCUGUGACUGGUUACAGAGUAGAAUACAGACAGACAUCAGAUGAUGAAUGGAUUAUUGGAGUCCAUAACACCAAAAACACAGAGUUUACUGUGGUGGGACUAACCCCUGGGGUUGAAUAUGUGUUUGUUGUCAAGUCARUCAACAAAAUAGGAGUCAGUGAGCCUAGUCCUGAGUCUGACAAACAAAUUGCCAAAGAAAGAGAGGAAGAACCAGCCUUUGAGAUCAGCAAUGAGAUGAGAAAAACUCUUAUUGUGAAAGAUGGAAGCUCAUUUACAAUGACAGUACCUUUCAGAGGAAAACCCAUUCCUACUGUUUCAUGGACUAAACCAGACAUCGAUCUCAGAGUGCGUGCUGUCAUUGACACCACAGACACAUUCACAUCAAUCACCUUAGAAAAAGCAACUCGCAACGACUCUGGAAAGUACACCGUCACCUUAUCCAAUGUUGCCGGGACCUCCUCAUUGACACUCAGUGUUAGAGUCCUCGACUCACCUGGACCUCCUGCUCAUGUAGAGGUCAAGGACGUGACCAAGACCUCUGCCACUGUAACUUGGGACAUGCCUGAGAAUGAGGGAGGAGGACCAGUCAAGAACUACCUUAUUGAUUAUCGUGAAGCCAGCAAAAAAGGUUGGACUAGGUUGACUGACACAUGCCACAGACUGACAUAUAAAGUGACAAACCUGAAAGAGGGAGAAGUUUACUAUUUCAGAGUGACUGGCGCGAAUGACUACGGUGUUGGUAUUCCUGCUGAGACCAAAGAGGGAACCAAGAUAACAGAAAAACCAAGCCCCCCACCAAAGCUGGGAGUAACUGAUGUCACCAAGGAGAGUGUGUCUUUGGCUUGGGCUAAACCAGAACAAGAUGGAGGAAGCAGAGUUACUGGCUACCUGGUUGAAGCACUGGAGAAAGGUCAGGAAAAGUGGGUCAAGUGUGGUGUCAUCAAAUCCACUCACUUCACUGUGUCUGGCCUGAGGGAAAAAGCAGAGUACUUCUUCAGAGUCAGAGCUGAGAAUCUUGCUGGAUUCAGUGAUCCUAAGGAAAUGGUCAUCCCUGUUAUGGUCAAAGACCAGCUUGAACCUCCUGAGGUGAACAUGAAGGACUUCCCCCACAACACGGUGUAUGUCAGAGCCGGCUCCACACUUAAGUGUGAGAUCCCGCUGACGGGCCGACCCUUGCCUAAAGUCUCUCUGUCCAAGGAUAAUGUGCCGCUCAGGUCAACAAUGAGGUUCAACUCUGAAGUUACUCCUGACAGCAUCAAAAUCACUUUGCGUGAGAGCAUUGCUGGAGACUCGGGAUGCUAUGACAUCACUGCUUCCAACUCCAGUGGAACCACCAAAUCCCAUAUCAAAAUUGUGGUCUUGGAUCRCCCAAGUGUCCCACUUGGACCUGUAGAGUUGUUUGAUGUCACAGAGGACAGCGUAAGUCUGACAUGGCUUCCACCAGCAUACGACGGUGGCAGCCCCAUCACUAACUACAUCGUUCAGAAGAGAGAGACAACUACAGCCAACUGGUUGGAUGUCUCCUCUGCUGUGGCCCGCUGCACCAUGAAGAUCAUGAAGUUGACCACUGGGUUGGACUACCAGUUUAGAAUCAGGGCUGAAAACAAAUAUGGAAUCAGUGAACACAUUGACUCACCAGCUGUUACUGUCAAGCUUCCAUACACUACUCCGGAUGCUCCAUCAACUCCUGAAAUCACUGCUGUAACCAGGGAGACCAUCACAUUAGCCUGGAAGGAGCCCAAAUCAGAUGGAGGUAGUCACGUGUUUGGCUACCAUCUYCAGAUGAAAGACAAGAACAGUAUCCUCUGGCAGAGAGUCAACCGAAAUGUGAUCCGUGCUACACACUACAAGGUCAUUAACAUCAAUGCUGGACUCAUUUAUGAGUUUAAGGUGGCAGCAGAGAAUGCUGCUGGAAUCAGUGAUUUCAGCAAAGUUUCAGAUGCAGUGCUGGCCAUAGAUGCUUGUGAGCCACCCAUCAACCUGCGCAUCAGUGACAUCACCAAAAACACUAUCAGCCUGGCCUGGGAGAAGCCCAACUAUGAUGGUGGAUCCCCCAUCACUGGUUACAUCAUCGAGAAGAGGGAAGGASUCAGUGCCAAGUGGUCCAAAGCUAACCUGACUAAUGUAUCUGACACGCGCUUCAUUGUGACUGGCCUUACCCAGAACGAGACAUACGAGUUCAGAGUCAUGGCCAAGAAUGCUGUUGGCUCAGUCAGCAAUCCAUCUAUGACAGCUGGACCAACCACCUGUGUGGACACCUAUGGUGCACCAGAGGUUGAAAUUCCUCAGGAGUACCUGAACGAGGUCAAACACAGUGCUGGCUCUGACGUGGAACUCAAAUUUAAUAUCACAGCCAAACCUGCCCCAACUAUUGAGUGGUUUAAAGAUGGCAGAGAGCUGAAGCCCACUGCUCACCUUUCUUUCAAACACACUUUUGAGUCCACCUGUAUAUUCAUGAAGGAGACCACUCGCCUGAACUCUGGAACCUAUGAGGUCAAAGUGAAGAACUCUCUAGGAUCUGCAUGUGGUAUUGUCAGGCUGCUUAUUCAAGACAAGCCAGGGCCCCCUGCUGGAGAUAUACAGUUUAAGAAAGUGACAGCUGACAACAUCACCAUCAUGUGGUCUCCUCCUGCUGAUGAGGGGGGUGCCAUGGUAACUCAUUACAUCGUAGAGAAGAGGGAGACCAGCAGAGUCAUGUGGUCCAUUGUGUCUGAAAAACUCGUAGACUGCAUCGUAAACGUGCCCAGACUUAUCCAGGGUAACGAGUACAUCUUCAGGGUCCGUGGAGUCAACAAGUAUGGCAUCGGAGACCCCCUAGARUCUCAGCCCAUUAUUGCCAAGAACCCAUUCGUUCCCCCCAGUGAGCCAUCUAAGCCCAAGGUUACCAUGAUCACCAAGUCCACAAUGACAGUGACUUGGGAAAGACCGGCACUGGAUGGAGGCAGCGAUGUUGAUGGUUAUUACCUUGAGAAGAGGGAGAAGAAGAGUCUGCAAUGGUUUAAGGUGGUGAAGGGCACCAUCAGAGACACCAGGCAGAAGGUCAGCAACUUGACAGAGAACAACGAGUACCAAUUCAGGGUUUGUGCUGUCAACAAGGCUGGUGCAGGAAACUACUCUGAGGCCUCUGACCUUUACAAGGCCUACGAUCCCAUUGAUCUUCCUGGUGAACCCUCCAAGUUGCGCGUAGUUGACUCAACAAAGACCUCCAUCACUCUAGGCUGGGAGAAGCCAGUCUAUAAUGGUGGCAGUGAAAUCACUCACUACAUACUGGAACAGAUGAAUGCAGAGGACAAAGAAUGGGUCACCAUAAACCCACAGGUCAAGGCGUGCGAGUAUGUGGUGUCUCCCCUCAAACCUGGAACUUACUACUACUUCAGGGUCUCUGCUGUGAACUGCAAGGGUAAAGGAGAGGACAUCAAGAUGUAUCAGCCUGUGCAAUCCAAAGACAUUUUAGAGGAGGCUGAUUUGGACUUGGAUGUAUCCAUGACAACUCAGUACACAGCUCGGGCUGGUCGCGAUGUCAAAGUGUUUAUCCCUGUGAAGGGACGCCCCACUCCAAAUGUCACCUGGCGCCGUGGUGAUCGCAACAUGGCUGGUGACAACCGCUACACCAUCACCAGCACUGAGAGAUCCACCUCACUCCUCAUCCCAAAAGUCACACGCGAUGACUGUGGAAAGUAUGUGUUGGAGAUAGAGAAUGGUGUAGGAGAACCCAAGAUAAUUACAAUUUCCCUAAAGGUACUGGACAGUCCGUCCUCUUGCCAGAAACUUAUAGUUAAGAAUGUGACCAGAGGAAAUCUGACCCUCAGCUGGGAGGCUCCUCUYAUUGAUGGAGGAUCUCCUGUCACUAAUUACAUUGUUGAGAAAAAGGCUUCCACYAUGAAGGCUUUCCAGGUGAUCACUGCAGAGUGUCUCAACACAUCGUACAAGGUUUCAGGCUUGGAGGAGGAUGUAGCUUACUUCUUUCAGGUGUCAGCUGAAAAUGAGUUUGGUGUGGGUGACCCCUGUGAGACCACUGAGCCUGUUAGAGCAACAGAAACUCCAGGAGCUGUCAAAGACCUGGCAAUGGUGGAUUCUACAAAGAACUCCGUUACCCUGCAGUGGACUCGACCUGACCACGAUGGAGGCAGUCACAUCACUGAGUACAUAGUUGAAAAGAGAAGUCUGGAAGAAGUCAACUGGAGUUUAGGUGCCACAUGCAAGCGCUGCACAUGUGAGGUGAAAGGACUCAAGGAGAAUACCAUCCUGGAUUUCAGAGUGUUUGCCAAGAAUGAGAAAGGCAGAAGUGACUUUUCCCAGGUUGGUCCAAUCACAGUGAUGGACUUCAUUGUUCCACCUGAAGCAAUCCUCAGUGAUUAUCCAAAUGGAGAGCUUGCUGUGCGUAUUGGACAGAACAUCCACAUUGAGCUACCCUUCAAAGGUAAACCAAGACCUGCAAUCAGCUGGAUGAAGGACAACUUCCCACUGAAAGAAAGUGAAAAGGUUCGCUUCAGGACCACUGACAACAAGACUGCAGUCACAAUCAGAGGAGCCAAGAAAGAAAAUGCUGGCCAGUACACCUUGGUUUUAGACAACAGAAUGGUCAAAAACUACUUUGAUAUCAAUGUGAUCACUCUGGGACCCCCUUCAGUGCCUGUUGGUCCUAUUCGCUUUGAUGAGAUCAAAGCUCAGAGUAUCAUCAUCUCCUGGGAUGAGCCAAAGGAAGAUGGAGGUGGUGAGAUUACCUGCUACAGUGUGGAGAAACGUGAAACCUCCCAGGCCAACUGGAAAAUGGUCUGUUCCAGUGUUGUCAGGACCUCCUUCAAGAUCCCCAACCUGGUCAAGGGAACUCAGUACCAGUUCAGAGUUCGUGCAGAGAACAAAUAUGGAGUUAGUGAGCCACUCAACUCAUCAGACAUUAUUGCCCAACACCAGUAUAAACCUCCAGGCCCACCAGGAAAACCAGUAGCCUACAAUGUCACCAGCGAUGGUAUGACCAUCAAGUGGGAUGCCCCAGGCUUUGAUGGAGGUUCCCCCAUUUUGGGUUAUCAUGUUGAGAAGAAGGAUAGGAACAGCCUCUUGUGGCAGAAGGUGAAUUCCACAAUCAUUUCCAACAAAGAGUACAGGAUCAUUGGUCUCAUGGAGGGUCUGGAGUACUCCUUCAGAGUCUAUGCUGAGAACAACGCUGGAGUCAGCCCUGUCAGUGAACAGAGCAAACAUGCUCGGGCCAUUUCUCCUGUUGAUCCACCUGGUACUCCUGUCUGUAUCGAUGUAACAAGAGACUCCGUCUCCCUGCAAUGGGACAUUCCCAAGAGAGACGGUGGCAGCAGAAUUGUGGCUUACRGUGUGGAAAGGCGUCAAGGCAGAGCCAAAUGGCUAAGAUGCAACUUUACUGAUAUCAGUGAGACCCAGUUCACUGUGACCGGUCUAUCACCUGGAGACAGAUUUGAGUUCAGGGUGAUUGCCAGGAAUGCUGUUGGCACCAUCAGUCCACCAUCCAACUCCUCUGGAUACAUCAUGACCAAGGAUGAGAGCAUUGCUCCAGGAAUUGARUGGUCUCUAGACCAGGUGCUCACCCUGAGAGCUGGAGAAAAUGUUCGGCUUAGUUGCACCAUCACUGGACGCCCUCUUCCCCAGGUUGUGUGGUACAAGGAUGGCAAAGAAAUUGAUAAGAGGACAAUGCUUGACAUUGAGAUCUCCACUGGCAUUGGCACCAGCAGCCUGUUUAUCCGUGAUGCUGACAGRAACCAUCGUGGAAUCUACACAGUGGAGGCCAAGAACAGCUCCGGCACCAGGAAAGCAGAUGCUAAUGUCAGAGUGCAAGAUACUCCUGGACCUAUUGAAGGUCCGAUCCGCUUCACCGGAAUAACGGCUGACAAAUGCACUGUAUGGUGGAACCCACCAGAAAAUGAUGGCUGUGCUGCCAUCACUCAUUAUGUGGUGGAGAAGAGGGAGACCUCCAGGAUCUCAUGGGCCCUAGUCACGUCCAAGUGUGAAGCUUGUUCAUACAAUGCCACCAACCUCAUCAAGGGCAAUGAGUACCAAUUCAGAAUCUCUGCUGUCAACAAGUUUGGUGUAGGCAAACCACUAGACUCUGAUGCAGUCAUUGCCAAGAUGCAGUACACUGUGCCUGAUGCUCCUGGUACUCCUGAUGCCACUCAUGUGACAGGUGACAGUAUCACCCUAUGCUGGACCAGGCCGAGGUCAGAUGGAGGCAAUGAGAUCAAACAUUACAUUCUAGAGAGAAGAGAGAAGAAGAGUCUUCGCUGGGUGAGGGUCUCCUCCAAGAGACCCAUAGCAGAGCUGAGGCACCGUGUCACACACCUCACAGAGGGCAACGAGUACGAGUUCCGCGUCAUGGCUGAAAAUGGCGCUGGUGUCGGGCCAGCCAGCAGCACCUCAAGGCUUUUCAAAUGCAGAGAGCCAACCAGUGCUCCCAGUGCCCCCACUGUGAUCAAGGUCAUUGACUCCACAAAGUCUUCUGUCACCCUAGAAUGGACCAAGCCUGUGUUUGAUGGUGGCAUGGAAAUUAUUGGCUACAACAUCGACAUGUGCAAGGCCAGUUUGGAAGAGUGGCUCAGAGUCAACAGUCAUAUUUGUAUCCACAAUAGGUUCACUGCCAAGGGUAUGAUACCUGGAGAGCUCUACAAGUUUAGGGUCAGUGCUGUGAAUGGAUCUGGAGAGGGUGAAGCUUCAGUUAUGCCACAYCCUGUUCAGGCUGUGGACAGACUUACAUCUCCAGAGUUUGACAUUGAUGCCAAAUUCAAACAAACCUAUACUGUGAAGAACGGAGGCACCGUCUCUCUUCAUGUUGCUUUCCGGGGAAAACCUUCUCCCCUUGCCACCUGGUCUAAAGUAGAUGGUGAGCUUCCAGUCAUGGCUGAUAUCAACACCACAGAUACCUUCUCCACUCUGACUAUAGAAGGUUGUACCAGGUAUGAGGCAGGUAAAUACACCCUGUCCCUGGAGAACAACAGUGGGCGUAAGUCCAUGACACUCACCAUUAAAGUCCUGGACACUCCUGGACCUCCAGGAGCAAUCACUUUCAAAGAUGUUACUCGUGGGGCCUUGACAAUGAUGUGGGAGGCUCCAUCUAAUGAUGGUGGAUCUCGAAUCCAUCACUACAUYGUUGACAAGCGUGAGGCAAGCCGCCUUGCCUGGCAGGAGGUCAGUAGCAAGAGCUCCCGUCAGACGUUGAGGGUAGCAGGACUGGAUAUUGGUGUGCCGUACUUGUUCAGAGUGACCGCUGUUAACCAGUAUGGCCAGGGAGAACCUCGUGAAAUGACAGAGCCCAUCACUGCCACAGAAGAACCUGCACCACCCAAAAGAUUAGACGUUGUGGACACUACUAGCUCCACGGCCUCCCUGGUGUGGUUGAAACCCGACCAUGAUGGAGGCAGCCGGAUCAGAGGCUACAUUGUUGAAUUCAAAGCUAAGGACAGUGACCGCUGGAUUGUUUAUGGAGAGGCAAAACUGCAGAAGAUUCUGGUAGAGGGUCUGAUUGAGAAUACGGAGUAUGACUUCAGGGUCAAGGCAAAGAAUGAUGCUGGAAUCAGUGAACCUCAGGGCACUUUGAGCUCAGUGGUAAUUAAGGAGCCUCGUAUUGAGCCGACUGCUGACCUCAGCAGCAUCACCAACCAACUCAUCACCUGCAAAAUCUCUAACACCUUUACAAUUGACAUCCCCAUAAGUGGCAGACCUGCACCCAAGGUCACAUGGAAGCUUGAGGAGAUGAAACUGAAGGAGAGUGACAGAGUCUUGAUCCGGACCUCGAAGGAGAAAACCACUCUGAUUGUCAGAGAUAGCAAGAGAAGCGACAGUGGCAAGUAUUACCUGAUCCUGGAGAAUGCUGCUGGAGUGAAAACCUUUGCAGUGACUGUGGUCAUUGUUGGUAGACCGAGUCCACCCACAGGCCCCUUGGAGGUUUCUGGAAUUUCCUCAGAGUCCUGCACUCUGUCCUGGUCUGAGCCAGCGGAUGAUGGUGGAACUGAAAUCACAAACUACAUUGUUGAAAAGCGUGAGUCUGGCUCAGCUUCCUGGCAGGUGGUUAACUCCAGUGUGCAGCGAACCACAAUCAAGGUGACUCACCUCACUAAAUACAUGGAGUACACCUUCAGAGUGUGUGCUGAGAACAAGUUUGGAGUCAGCAAAUCCAUCGAGUCUUCUGCUGUUGUGAUUGAGCAUCCAUUUAUUCCUCCAAGUUCUCCAUCUCGUCCAGAUGUGGUAUCUGUGUCAGCCAAUGCCAUAGGCAUCAAGUGGGACGUCCCAUAUGCUGAUGGUGGUAGCAAGGUGACGGGCUACUGGAUUGAGAAAAAAGAGAGGAACACGAUCCUGUGGGUGAGGGAGAACAAACUGCCCUGUUUGGAGUGCCAUUACAAGGUGUCCAACCUGAUUGAGGGCUUGGAGUAUCAGUUCAGGGUGUAUGCCAUGAACCUCGCAGGAUUAAGCAAAGCCAGUGAAGCCUCUAGACCGAUGGUGGCACUCAAUCCUGUUGAUCCUCCUGGUAAACCUGAGGUUACGGACAUCAGCCGCUCAUCUGUGUCGUUGUGUUGGACUGUGCCCUUCAAUGACGGUGGCAGUAAGAUUGUGGGUUACAUUGUGGAGAGGAAAGUCUACAGCACAGACGAGUGGGAUGACAACCGCUGGCUGAAAUGCAACUACACCACAAUCACAGAAAAUUACUUCACUGUCACAAACCUGGGAGAGGGAGAAACCUUUGAGUACAGAGUCAUUGCCAAGAACGCUGCUGGUGUCCACAGUGCGCCCUCUGAGACCACUGGACCGGUCACAUGCAAGGACGAAUACUCUCCUCCCAGAGCGGAGCUGGACAGCAAGCUGAUAGGUGAGACCGUCACCAUCAUGGCUGGCUCUGAUCUGGUCCUGGAUGGUGCUGUGGGUGGAAAACCAGAACCAACUGUCUACUGGUCAAAGGGUGACAAGAUCUUGGAGCUUGGUGAGAAAUACUCGCUGACGUACACGUCCACCAAAGCCAUGGCCGUCAUCAAGAACUGUGACAGAUAYGAUACAGGAAGAUACAUCCUCACUGUGAAGAACGCCAGUGGAAUAAAGACUGCAAGCGUCARCGUGAAAGUUCUGGACACUCCCGGACCUCCAGCUGAUAAGAUUGUGAUCAGCAGAGUGACGGAGGAGAAGUGCACAGUUUCCUGGAAGAUUCCCUUCGAGGAUGGCGGAGACACCGUCAGCCAUUACAUCGUGGAGCGCCGUGAGACCAGCCGCCUCAACUGGGUUAUCAUGGAGGCAGAGUGCAAGUCUCUGUCGUGUGUCAGCAGCAGGCUGAUCAAAAACAACGAGUACAUCUUCAGAGUCAGAGGAGUCAACAAGUUCGGACCUGGAGUUCCUCUGGAGUCUGAGCCGGUCAUAGCCAGAAAYGCCUACACUGUCCCAUCCCAGCCUGGCACUCCGGAGGCCACGGCUGUAGGAAAGCAGCACAUCAUCAUCGAAUGGAUGAAGCCUGAAACCGACGGAGGCAAUGAAAUCAAAACCUACAUUGUGGAGAAACGAGAGAAAAGCAGCACCAGAUGGACUCGGGUAAACAAGACUUACACAAUCUAUGACACCCGUCUGAAGAUCACUGGCCUGCUGGAAGGAAGCGAGUAUCAGUUUAGAGUGACAGCUGUCAAUGCUGCUGGAGACAGCCAGCCGAGUGACUCCACUCCUUACAUUCUCUGCAAAGACCCCACAUAUACCCCAGCUGCUCCAUCAGUGCCUCGUAUCACUGACACCACCAAGCACAGCAUCAGCUUGACCUGGACCCGACCCAUGUAUGAUGGAGGCUCCGACGUCUCUGGCUACGUGGUAGAGAUUCUAGAGGAGGGCUCUGAACAGUGGUACCGUGCAACUGCCAAGCCUCUAAAAACCAAUGAGUAUGUAGCCGCUGGCCUGGCAGCCARUAAGAAGUACAGGUUCCGAGUGGCCGCCAUCAACAGCAAUGGUACCGGAGAGUUCAGUGAAGCCAGCUCAGAGGUCGAGCCACUAGAGAAAAUUGAAAUGCCUGACCUGGAGCUGGCUGACGACCUGAAGAAAACCGUGUGUCUGCGAGCCGGUGGAACCCUGCGACUGCUGGUGUUCAUUUCUGGUCGUCCAACACCGGUGAUCGCCUGGAGGAAGACGGGCGUGGAGCUGCAGACCCGUGGCUACAUUGAGACCACUGAGAGUUACACCGCGCUCACUAUGGAGAAGGUUAACCGCUAUGACUCUGGAAAAUAUGUUGUGGAGGCAGAGAAUCCAACUGGCAAGAAGACUGCCACCAUCCUGGUUAAAGUCUACGACACUCCUGGUCCUCCAGGUUCAGUCCGGGUGAAGGACUACACCAAGGAAUCUGUUGUGAUCACCUGGGAUGUCCCCACCAUUGAUGGAGGCGCUCAUGUCAGCAACUACAUUAUAGAGAAGCGUGAAGCCAACAUGAAGUCAUACAAGACCAUCACCACUGAGUGCAGGAAAACCUUGUUCAGGAUCACAGGCUUGGAGGAAGGUGUACACUACUUCUUCAGAGUCCUGCCUGAGAACAUCUAUGGUGUUGGUGAGCCCUGUGAGACAGCAGAACCUGUCCUGGUGUGUGAAGUACCUUCAGUGCCCGUGGACCUGCAUAUUGUUGAUGUCACCAAGUCCUCUGUGACUCUGCACUGGGAUAAACCAUUGCACGAUGGUGGCAGCAGGCUGACAGGCUACAUCAUAGAAGCCUGCAAAGCUGGUUCUGACAGGUGGAGUGUUGUGGCCACGGUCAAAGCCUCAGUGUCCCAACACACCAUCCAAUCCCUGACAGAGAAUGACCAGUACCUGUUCAGAAUUCGAGCCACCAACAGCAGGGGAACUAGUGAGCCCAUGGACAUAGUGAAUCCAGUCACAAUUCAGGAAAUCAAGGUGAUGCCAAAGAUUGAUUUGACCAGCAUCCCUCAGAAGAUUGUCCAGGUGCACCGGGGCAAACCUAUCGAUCUUAACAUCCCCAUCAAGGCCAAGCCACAGGCUGUGUGCUCCUGGUACUUUGGUGGUGCUAAGCUGAAGGACAGCCUGGACCGCAUCAAGAUUGAGAGUAAUGGCAAAUACACCCACCUGGUUAUUCGUGACACCACCAUCAAUGACACUGGAGACUACACACUGGAGGUGAAAAACGCUAUCGGCAUGGCAACUGAGGUCAUCAAGGUCAUCAUCCUUGACAAACCCGGUGUCCCAGUCGGCCCAAUGAAGAUUGAGGAGACUGAUGGUGUAUCUGUAACAGUUAGCUGGGCACCUCCAGAGAAGGAUGGUGGUGCUAACAUCAGCGGCUACGUGGUAGAGCAGCGUAACGCCCACCAUCCAGGCUGGACCACGGUCUCUGAAUCAGUGACCAGACCAUGUUUCAAGUUCACCAGACUCUCUGAGGGAACAGAGUACGUGUUCCGCGUUGCUGCCAUGAAUCGCUUUGGUGUUGGUGGCUUCCUGCAGUCUGAGGUGGUGGAAUGCAAGAGCCCCAAGACCAUCCCUGGACCUCCAAGCCAGCCAGAGGUGGUUGAUGUCACACAUGAGGGCAUGACCGUGACCUGGCAUGCACCUGAAGACAACGGUGGCUCCACCAUCGCCGGUUACAUCAUAGAACGUAAAGAGGCUCGUUCUGACAGGUGGCUAAGAAUCAAUAAGAACCCUGUCACCAUGACCCGCUACCGUUCUUCUGGACUGAUUGAAGGCCUGGAAUAUGAGUUCCGUAUCACAGCCAUCAACUCUAGAGGAACUGGCAAACCCAGUGAAAGUUCUGCCAUUACUGUUGCUAUGGACCCMAUUGAACCUCCAGGUGCUCCAGUUCAGCCCAGAGUUACAGACACCACAAGGACUUCCGUCUCUUUGGCUUGGCUGCCGCCGGAAGAAGAAGGUGGAUCUGUUGUUACUGGCUACUUUAUUGAGAUGCAGAAGGUGGACCAGGUUGAAUGGACYCUGUGCAACACCACACCCACUAAGAUGUGCGAGUACACGCUGACCCAUAUGCCCCAGGGUGCAGAAUACAAGUUCAGGAUCAUCGCCUGCAAUGCUGGUGGUGUUGGAGAACCUGCAGAGAUUCCUGGAGUCGUUAAGGUCCAGGAGAUGCUUGGUUAUCCUGACUAUGAGCUUGAUCAUAAAUACGAGGAAGGCUACGUGGUGCGGCAAGGCGGCGUCAUCCAUCUAUCUGUACCCAUUAAGGGUAAACCUGUCCCGACAGUUAAGUGGACCAAGGAUGGUCGGGACAUCUCCCAUCGGGCCAUGAUUGCCACCCAUGAUGACAUCACUGAGCUGGUCAUCAAAGAAGCACACAAAGAUGACACUGGUACCUAUGACCUGGUUCUSGAAAACAAAUGUGGAAGGAAGGCUGUCUACAUCAAAGUCAAAGUAAUUGGUCGCCCUGAUCCCCCAGAAGGACCCCUGGAAUUUGAUGACAUUCAGGCCCGAUCAGUCCGGGUUAGCUGGAGAUCACCUUCAGAUGAUGGUGGAUCUGACAUCCUGGGUUACAUUGUGGAAAGGCGGGAAGUACCAAAGGCUGCCUGGUACACAGUGGAUGCCCGAGUAACAGAGACCUCUCUGGUGGUGAAGGGUUUGAAGGAGAAUGUUGAGUACCACUUCAGGGUUUUUGCUGAGAACCAGUUUGGUGUUAGCAGAUCUCUCAAGUCAGAAGAAUCAGUUCUACCAAAGACACCUCUUUGUCCACCUGAACCUCCCAGCAACCCACCAGAGAUCAUGGAUGUCACCAAGACCACAGUGUCUCUGUCCUGGGCUCGGCCCCGGGACGAUGGUGGCUCUCGUGUAACAGGAUACUAUGUUGAACGUAGAGAGGUUUCAACAGAGAAGUGGGUCCGUCACAACAAGACCCACAUCACCACCACCAUGUUCAAUGUGACUGGACUUAUACCCAAUGCAGAGUACAUGUUCAGAGUGGUAGCUCAAAAUGACAUCGGGCAGAGUGAACCUGGUCCUGCUUCAGAAYCUGUGGUCUGCAAAGAUCCAUUUGACAAACCCAGCCAACCRGGAGAUAUCGACAUUGUCUCCAUCACCAAAGACAGCAUCACCAUCCACUGGCUCAGGCCUGAACAUGAUGGUGGAAAGGAGAUCUUGGGUUACUGGGUUGAGUACAGGGAGUCUGGAGAGAGUGCCUGGAAGAAAUGCAACAAAGAGCGCUCCAAGGAUCGUCAGUUCACCAUGGGUGGCUUAAUGGAGGCUACAGAGUACGAGUUCAGAAUCUUUGCUGAGAAUGAGACUGGACUCAGCCGACCUCGUCGCACACCGAUGGGCAUCAAGACCAAACUGAGUGUUGGUGAAGCUCCAGCUCUGAAAGAAGAGAUUGAAGAUGUAACCACCAARCUUGGCACAUCUGGCACUCUAACCUGUGGAAUUGUAGGCAGACCUUUGCCGGAGAUCAAGUGGUAUCGCUAUGGCAAAGAGCUGAUCCAGAGUCGCAAGUACAAGAUGAGCUCAGAUGGACGUAACCACUCCCUGACCAUCCUGACGGAAGAACAGGAAGAUGAGGGCCUGUACACUUGCAGGGCCAUCAAUGAGGCUGGCGAGAUAGAGACCAGUGGUAAACUACGCUUGCAGGCACCCCCUCAGUUCCAUCCUGGUUUCCCUCUGAAGGAGAAGUACUUUGCUGGGGCUGGUACCAGCCUUCGUCUCCACGUUGUCUACAUUGGUCGACCUAUCCCCCAAAUCAUGUGGUUCUAUGGCAAGAAACCUCUGAAUGCAUCUGAGAAUGUUAUAAUUGAAAACACAGAAAGCUACACACACCUAGUGGUGAGAAACGUCCAGAGAAAAACCAACGCUGGUCGCUACAAGGUGCAACUUAGCAAUGUGUUUGGAACCAUCGACACUGUGCUGAAAGUUGAAAUACAAGACAAACCUUGCAUUCCUGAAGGUCCAGUUAUUGUUGAUGCCUUGCUUAAGAGCUCYGUUGUGAUCAGCUGGAAGGUCCCCAAGGAUGACGGUGGAUCUGUGAUCACCAACUAUAUAGUGGAGAAACGUGAGGCCAAAGAAGGUGAACAGUGGAACCUGGUCUCUUCUUCGGUCUCUGGCACCACCUGCCGUGUCCCCAACCUGACUGAAAAUGCUGGCUACUACUUCAGAGUCUCUGCCCAGAACCAGUAUGGAGUCAGUGAGCCUCUGGAGAUCCCCUCAGUGGUCAUCGUCAAGAGUCCAUUUGAUAAACCUGGUAUUCCACAGCAGCCCUUCAUCAUCAGCUCCACCAAGGACUCAUGUGUUGUCUGCUGGAAGCCACCAAGUAGUGACGGUGGAGCGAAAAUCACCAAUUACUACCUUGAGAAACGCGAGAAGAAGCAGAACAAGUGGAUGUCUGUAACAACCAAGAAGAUGGUUGAGACAAGCUAUGAAGUCCAAGGAUUGAUUGAGGGCUUUGAGUAUGAGUUCCGUGUGAAAUGUAAGAACAUGGGCGGUGAGAGUGACUGGAGUGAGAUCUCUGCACCGAUCAUACCCAAGUCUGAACAGGCSCCGAAGGCUCCUGCAUUCAGAGAGGAGAUCAGAGACAUGACUGUCAAAUACCACGCCAAUGCCACCUUUGUUACUAAGGUUGUGGGUCACCCAAAGCCUGCGGUCAAAUGGUAUCGCAGUGGAAAGGAGAUCUUGGCAGAUGGAACAAAAAUAAAAGCCCUUGAGUUCAAGGGUGGCUACUACCAGCUCGUCAUCACUGCUGCUGAUGAGAACGAUGCCUCUGUGUACCAAAUCAGAGCAACCAACCCCUCAGGAUCUAUCUCUACAACAGCCAACCUGGAGGUGGAAGUUCCUGCAAAGAUCCACCUGCCUAAAGAACUCCAGGGAAUGGGAGCGGUUCAGGCUGUUCGUGGAGAUAACGUCACCAUCAAGAUUCCCAUCUCUGGAAAGCCUGAACCAGCAGUCACUUGGCAGAAGGGCCAGGAGGUCCUCUCUAACUCUGUUUAUCACCAAGUCAUCACUACUAGAUCUUUCACCUCUUUGGUGUUCCAGAAGGGAGUAGAGAGGAGAGACACUGGCUACUACAUUGUUACUGCCAAGAACAGAUUUGGAACAGACAAGCAAACCAUUGAAGUAAAUGUUGCCGACAUUCCUGAUGCUCCAAAGGGACUUGUGGUCAGCGACAUUGCCCGAGAUUCCAUCACCUUGACCUGGGAGCCACCUGCCAGUGAUGGUGGCAGCGACAUUAUUGGAUACAUUGUUGAGAAGUGUCCAACCACUGCAGACAGGUGGAUCCGUGCUGGUCACACUGAUGAAUGCAGUAUCACUAUUAUUAACAUAUUUGGAAAGACCAAAUACCAGUUCCGCAUUAGAGCAGAGAACCAGUUUGGCCUGAGUCUUCCUUCUGUGCCAACUGAACCCAUUACCACAAAGGAAGACAAGUCUGUGAUCAGGAACUAUGAUGAGGAAGUGGAUGAAACUAGAGAGAUAACCAAAGAGGAGGCUCUGUUCUAUAAGGUGAAGGAGCUGUCCUCCAAGUAUAUCAUCUCAGAGGAGCUUGCUCGCUGCCAGUUUGGAGUGGUCCACCGCUGCGUGGAGAUUGCCACAAAGAAGACCUUCAUGGCCAAGUUCAUCAAAGUCAAAGGAACUGACCGCGAGUUGGUUCUCAGGGAAAUAGAAGCCCUUAACAUUGCAAGACACAAGAACAUAAUCUAUCUGYAUGAAUACUUUGAAAGCAUGGAGGAAAUUAUACUCAUCUUUGAGUUCAUCUCUGGAGUUGACAUCUUCGAGCGUCUUGGCACCUGCAACUUUGAGCUCACAGAACAAGAGAUUGUCCGCUAUCUGAGACAAGUCUGCUCUGCUCUCAAAUUCCUGCACAGCCAGAACUUUGGCCACUUUGAUAUCCGCCCAGAUAACAUUGUAUACACCACCAGGAGAAGUACCAACAUCAAGAUUAUUGAGAUGGGACAAUCUAGGCUGCUGRUACCAGGAGAAAACAUCAGAAUGCCGUUCUCAGCUCCAGAAUACUACGCUCCAGAAGUUCACCGUCAUGAUCUGGUCACAACAGCCACUGACAUGUGGUCUGUUGGCGUUUUGGCAUAUGUUCUCCUCAGUGGCCUUAAUCCGUUUGCUGCCGAGUCCACAACAAAGAUGAUUGAAAACAUCUCAAACUGUGAGUACAUYUUUGAUAGGGAAGCAUUUAAGGACAUCAGCCUGGAGGCUAUGGACUUUAUAGACAGACUUCUGGUCAAAGACAGAAAGCUCCGUAUGACUGCUCAUGAGGCUUUGGAGCACCCAUGGCUCAAGAUGAAGAUUGUGAAUGUGAGCAACAAGGUCAUCAAGACACUGAGACACAGGAGAUAUUAUCAGUCUCUGGUGAAGAAGACUGAUACUAUAGUCUCAGCUGCCCGUGUGGCGUACGGCGGCGCCUUCAGGAACCAGCGAGGUUUGGAUGUUGGCAAAGUGAAAAUUGGAACAGAGUAUCGUGGCCUCCGUGCUGGCCCUGUCAUGCACAGUUCAGCUGAGGAAGGCGGCCAUGUCAGAUUCACCUGUACCCUUGUUAACUAUGACAAGAGCACCCAGGUGUCAUGGUACUUUGGUAACCGUCAGUUACACUCAAGUGCUAAGUAUGAGAUUUCAUACAAUAACGGGUUUGCCAGCAUUUAUGUGAAGGAUAUUGAAGAGGGUGAUGAUGGUGUCUAUAGAUGCAAAGUGGUGAGUGAUGAUGGAGAGGACAGUGCUUAUGGAGAACUCUUUGUUGAGACAGUGAGGAGCAUCAGAGAACACUACAUGAGCCGCACCAUCAAGAAACUGAGGAGGAGGGUCGACAAAACUAAACUCUUACAGAGACCACCAGAGUUCACACUGCCUCUCUACAACYGCACUGCUUACAUUGGUGAAGAUGUGCGCUUUGGUGUCACCAUUACUGUCCACCCAGAGCCCCAUGUAGUAUGGCUUAAAAAUGGAGAAAGACUCAAAGAGGACGACAGCAAGUACACAUUCACCAGCGAUAAGGGCUUAUACCAGCUCAUGAUUCACAACCUGGACAUGAGUGACGAUGCUGAAUACACAGUCAUGGCCCACAACAAGUUUGGAGAAGACAGUUGCAAGGCUCGUCUCAAUGUGAUACCUCAUCCUGUUUCAGAGGAAACCAUGAGGCCCAUGUUUAAACGUCUGCUGGCCAACAUUGAAUGUAUAGAGGGAGAGAGUGUCCGCUUUGAGCUCAGAGUUUCAGGAGUUCCCAGUCCAACACUAAAAUGGGAAAAGGAUGGUCAUCCACUACAGUUUGGUCCUAAAGUUGUUGUCAUACAGGAGGACAUUGAUUACCAUGUCCUACACAUCAGAGAGACUCUGCUAGAGGAUGCUGGUGUAUACAAAGUUACUGCAACCAACUCUGCUGGCUCAGCAAGCUGUCAGGCUGCACUGAAGGUGGACCGGGUUACUUACACAAGAAGAGAGUACAAGAGUGAGGAGGAAAAACACAUGCAUGUACAGAAACAAAUAGAAAAGACCAACAAAAUGGCUCAGCACAUUGCUGCUACUGAGGAACUUGUAGCUCUUAACCCAACAGCACAGGAAGCUCUCAAAUUUGCUGCAGAAGUGUACAAACCUGCAGUGAGUACCAAGAACAUUGAGGGAGAGUUCAACAUCACGGUGGAGAAAACAGAAACCAAGAAGCUGGAGGAGGAAAGAAGGAUUUUCUUGCCCUAUGAGAUUCCAGAGCCUGUGGUUCAUGAUCCUAAAGCUCUKGAUGAGGACAAAGCCAUCAAGCAGUUUGUGCCGCUGUCUGACAUGAAAUGGUAUCGCAAGCUGAGAGAUCAGUAUGAGAUUCCAGAAAGAACUGAGAGGAUUGUGCAGAGAAGACAGAGACGUAUCCGCCUGUCCAGGUGGGAGCAGUUCUAUGUUAUGCCCCUGCCCAGGAUCACAGACCAGUACAGACCAAGGUGGCGCAUUCCCAAACUCACUCUGGAUGAUUUAGAGACUGUCAGACCUGCACGUCGCUCACCCUCUCCUGAGUCUGAAGCCUCCUUCAGAUCCAGAAGGAGAUCUCUGGGUGACCUCAGUGAUGAAGAACUGAUGAUGCCUGUGGACGACUACCUCACCAAGAAGAGAACAGAGGAAGAGAGACUGAUGUUGGAAGAUGAACUGGAGCUUGGAUUUUCAGCCUCUCCUGCUGGAAGCCCAGUCCGUGUCCAACGACAUGCCCUGGAACACGAAGAGAGGAGGCUGGAGGUCAGACGUGAGGCCGCCGAAGUYACUGAGACAAAGAAGAAACGCACCGUUUCUCAGUUUAUGAGAAGGAGAAGGUCUCUGUCUCCCACUUACAWUGAGCUAAUGCGUCCAGUCUCAGAGCUGAUCAGACCCCCACGUGCACGUCCUCCUGUGGAGACAGAGGGAGAGGUUGUGGAGCGGCGGUCCCCCACUCCAGAGAGGACCCGUCCCCGUUCCCCCAGUCCUAUCAAGUCAGUGGAGAGGUCAUCCCGCUCCUCCUCCAGGUUUGAGCGUUCUGCUCGCUUUGACAUCAUGUCCCGCUAUGAAGCCAGAAAAGCAGCCCUGAAGUCUGAAAGGAAAUACCAGGUUGUUAGUCAAUCACCUUUCAGCUUGGACCAUGCUCCUCGUGUAACUGUUAGGAUGCGCUCCCACCGAAUCCCAGUCAGCCAAGACACCAAAUUCACCUUGAACAUCCAAGCAAAGCCAGAGGCAGAGRUCAGAUGGCUUCACAACGGAACUGAGAUCUCAGAAAGCAGUGAAAAAUACCUAUUCUCAAAUAUGAGCGGCGUUUUGUCCAUCACAAUCCUGGACUGUCAGGAAGAGGACAGCGGGACAUACCGCUGCGUAUGCUCCAACGCUAAGGGAGAGGCAUCAGACUACGCCACCCUGGAGGUGUCCAGUGGUGCCUACACYACAUUCUCUUCACGCCGCAGGGAUGAAGAAGUUCCUAAAGCUCAUGUCCCUGAAGUUUCUCGAAUUGACCAUUAUCAUACCACACACUUCAAAACUGGCUACACCACCCAAACGCACCUGGAAGUGGAAGAGAGCAAGUCAAAGCUAACAGAAACACAUGAGACAYGUGAACGAUUUGGUGCUUCUGAGAGGUUCUCCUCUGCUGAGAGGUAUGACUCCUCCAUCAAGUAUACCUCCGCUGAAUACCUCUCAUCAAGUUCUUCAUACUCAUCAGAGAGAKUCUCUUCGACUGAGAAACACGUCACCGCUGAGGCUAAAUUGAARGCGUCAUCUACUGCUGUUGCUGAACAAGUUACUGUCCACAAGRAGAAACCUUCUGUUCCAGCAAAAAUCCUGACAAAGCCUCAGUCUGUGACAGUAAGCGAGGGCGAGACAGCUAGGUUCUUCUGUGAUAUUGAUGGAGAGCCUGCACCCACUGUCACAUGGCUCCAUGAGAGUAGAACUCUUGUAUCUUCUCAACAUAUCCAGGUCACCACAACCCAGUACAAAUCCUGUCUGGAGAUUGUUUCUGUAAAGACCUCUGAUGAGGGCAGUUACACUGUGGUGGUGGAGAACUCAGCAGGUCAACAAGAGGCUCACUUCAGUCUGACAAUCCGAAGACCAAUUCCUAAAGAGGAAGUCAAAGCUGUCAAACACCCUGAGCCACCUGUGAAGACACCUAGUGUUAAGUCCCCUGAACCUGCUCCCUCUACUACUUCUCCUGCUCCAAGUGUGAAGUCACCAGAACCCAGUGUGAAAUCUCCAGAACCGUCAGUUAAGUCCCCAGAACCAAGUGUUACAUCUCCUACCCCAAGUAUAAAAUCACCAACUCCAAGUGUGAAGUCUCCUGAACCAGAGGAAGUUAAAUCUUCAAAGACUGUAAAAGCUCCAGAGUCACCAGCACCUUCUCCUGCCCGCAGCUUAAAAUCUCCAACUCCUGGUGUAAAGUCUCCAGAACCAGAAGGAGUUAAGUCACCACGUGGUCUAAAAUCCCCUGAACCCAGACUCAAAUCACCAACAACAAUCAAGCCUCCUGGAGGUGUAAAGUCAUCAGAACCCGAGGAAGUAAAACCCUCUCGAGGACUCAAAUCUCCAGAACCUGCAGGUCCCAAAACACUGAGAGGUCUUAAGUCCCCAGAACCUGCAGGGAUCAAAACACCAAAAGGCAUCAAGUCCCCAGAACCUUCUGGACUCAAAUCCCCUCCAAGGGUGAAAUCUCCUCCUCCUAUCAUUUCCCCCAAGAGGGUUGUGUCUCCUCCCACUGUGAAGUCCCCAGUCCCCAAACCUCCCAAAGUCCUGAGUCAGGUAACAGCAGAGGCCAAGGAGGGUUCAGUCAGGAUGUCCUGUGUGUGUGAGAGCAGCGUCAGGGAGGUGACAUGGUUGGUAAACGGGAGGAGGCUUUCACAGAGCAGCCGCUUUGAGAUGCACUACUCUGAAGGUUCCUGCAGUCUUCUGAUCCAUGACCUGACAGACGGGGAUCAGGGAGAGUACACCUGUGAGAUGACCUCAGAGGGAGGAGUGUCCAAAUCCUCCUUCUCCUUCGUGGGGCAGGUGUUUCAGUCCAUACAGAAGAAGAUCACAGCCUACCGUGAGAAGCAAGUGUCCCUCAAAGGAUCGAUGAUGAGUCACAAGGAGUCCUCCUCAUCAAUGAGCUCGUCCAUGAUGAAGAAAGAAAUGCACACGAUGGAGGAGUCUUCCUUUUCCUCCUCUGCCCACCAGAUGAUGUCAUCUAUGAUGGAGUCGAGCUCCUUCAGCAGCAUGGCAGCCGAGAUGAAGUUUGAGACCAUGUCCAUGUCAAGCAUGUCCUCAGUGGCAUCUGAAACGUACGCCAUGAGCUCCAGCAGCCUCACAGAGAUGACGUCCCACUUAGAGGGAUCCUCACUGAGAGCUAUUGGUUCUGCUCCAAGAAUCGAAGCUCUGCCAGAAGACAUCAGCAUUGAGCCAGGCAAAGUCCUAACAGUUGCCUGUGCCUUCUCCGGGGACGCCAAAAACAUCGAGUGGUCCCGCGGCGGUAAAACCAUCGAGGUGACCGCAGGGGGGCGGUUCCAUAUCGAGACCACCGAUGACCUGACCACCCUCAUCAUCACUGGAGUAAAGAAGGAAGAUGCUGGAGCUUACACUCUCAAACUGUCCAAUGAACUCGGAUCUGACACAGCAACUGUCCACAUCAGCAUUCGAUCAGUGUAAAAACAAAUCUAAUCCUUUCAAUGUCCCCUGUUCCCUUCUUCCAUGCCUUUUUAUUUAUUAAUUAACAAAGUGGUUUACUUGAUAAAGAUCAGGAAUUUUCUUGUAAAUAGGAACUAUUUUUGUACCAAACUUGACAUGAAUUUUUGCCAAACUAGACUUAAGUCUAAAGAUGUAAAAUGUGCCAUAUUGGAUAACAAUGACUUAGGAUGUUUGAUCCAUUUUUCUGUGACAUGUACAUAAUGUAUAUAGCCGAAUUUACCGGUUAUGGGAAAUGUAUGCAUUGUUAUUUAAGACRAUAAUAUAAAGAGAAACUUAAAGCAACUUAAUGUAGUUUAACAGGAGAAAGUUUCGACAGAAACGAAUACCUUGUUAAAGUGAGAAACUAAACUCUGUGCCUCAACGAACAGUUGAAGUCUAAGUUUGCCUCAACAGGUAGAGAGGCUCCCUGUUGAUGUUACGAAACAGAGACAAAACUAUAAACACACCGCUGCAACAAACAAAAAAAAGGGAGCGGUGCUUCAAGAUUGUAACGGGAGUGUGAGACCCUGAGUGCUGUUUGCAUCACCCUCAUGUAAGCAGCACGACUGGACCUCGCCCUCCGACUGAUUAUGUCAUAUGCCGUUUUUAUGACGAGCUCAGGGUGCGAGCGGCCUGCACCACCUGAGCGCAGCUGUUUUUUUGUUUUGUGCUCUGCUCCUGGUAAACGACCGCCGCUCAGGCUCCUCAGUCGUACCAUCAACCUGGCCAGUCACGUAAAGCGGAGUCCUGCCGGUGCUUGUUUCCAGAGGCAGAGCUGCCUCUCGGAGGUGUGCCGUGUGUUUGUGUGUUAGAUUUUAGAAGUUCACGUGUCAGUCAGGCCGGGUGGCACCGGGGACCCAAACAGCGUCUAAAGGCAGCUCCGGCUGCGUUCAGCAACAACCGUGUCCUCGGCUGUCAUCCUGCACUUUGUUGGAUUGAAGUUAGAGUUGUAGCGUUGACUAAUUCUGCAGCCUCCUUGAGUUUUUCUCCCAGUAUUGAUUUAAUAAAGCAUGAUGAUCAGCACAACA